AUGUAUGUGCACGGGCAGGGAGCUAUGGAUAGAGCUUCCAUCUCGCUGGCAUCUAAGACAGUGUGGUCCCUCAGGUAACUCACCAUUUACUAGAAGAGGAGGAGAAAAGAACAUGAGAGAAGAGGAGGAGGGGGAAAAAAGCGUCUGGCUAGUAAAAACAAGGAAACAAUCACCAUAGUUUUGUUCCGAGUCCCAGAAGUGCAGUGUGCGCAGGCAGCAACUCACACACCAAAGCCCAUACAGUAGCUAACAGCUCUGUGCUGUGCUCUCGGCGAGGAACUACAAGGAAGGGCAUGUUUCCCUCACACUAUAAACCCACUCCAAACCACACUCCUCGUCAGGCUCGCGGCCAGUGACAUAAGCAUGUGGUAACAUAAAAAAAGCCCCGAAUGGCGUUCCGACGUUCUCUCGUUUCAAUUAUCAUUAAGGGGACCAUCUGGAAACCCCAUCAGGUUGGGUUCUGGAGGUUUCAGCAGCCCCCAUUUACAUUUCGAGCUGUUAACACAUAGGUUUUGGCCACAGGGAUGAGUGUUGGAUGUGUUGAGUGAGGGACAUUUAUGUGCCAGUGGCAGCCUGACAGAGAAGGCCAUGCCCGAGAAAUCCAUCACCAUCUGAAUCCAUCUGCGAUCGGCUGGUUGGCCUGGCACUGGUGCACCCACCCACCCUGGUUCUGUGGUCGCAGCACCAGCCACUGCUUAGGUCUUGACAGAUGAGAUCAGGGGAGUAGGUAGACCACACUAUUACCUUGCCCUCAGCUCACUCGCUGGGCUGCGGCUAGUGCACGGCCGCCUCUCAGUAGGCCGUAUAAGCCCCGUUAUUAGCUCAGCAGCCAAUGGGACGGUGCGCCUGGCGGUAAGGGUGGGGCCCGGGGAGCUGUUUCUCCUUGGUGACAGGACAUUACCUCACACGUCAGGCGCUUACCAGCAUUCCGGUAAAUGAUGGCGGUCUGAACCUCGCACAGGACUCGACCCGCAAAUGUCUCACAGAUGCUCGCUUCUUCCGCCCUGAUGGAGCUCUUAUUUAUGGUAACUUUCACAAAACAAAGAAAAAUGAAAAGAAAAGAAGCCAAGCAGCUGUUUACUGGAUGUGUUUUGAUGAAAUAAAUAAACACAUUUGGGAGCCGUGGCCAAAUAAGAAACAUCCGCUCCCCAAAUGUGCUGCAAUGUGUGUUGAAUCCAGUGAACUUGGGGAGGGGCAGGCAGGCGGAGAGGAAACCAGAAGUAGUCAGCUAGGGCGGACAAGCUCCAACAAACGCUGUGUUCCAAAGCUGCACUUUUCAUGACCAAUCCUGAGAGGCCAAACGGGGUCACCCCUUGCCCUGAAUAGGCCUUUCAUAAGCUGCGUUUACAGUACACAGGAGCAGAAUAUGGACCGUUCUGUUGAGAAGCAACAUAGAUGUUUAUGGCUUGAUUAGGUGUCAUUCAUACUUAUGAAUGAAAAUAUUUGCAGAGAAUGGUAUACAAGUAUGGGCUAUUUUCAACUCAUGAACUGAAGCAGACUUGUGUAGUCCAAGAGAUGCUGCAUGUGCUCUCCUCUGCAGGAUGGCCAUGAGGUUAGAGAGAGAGAGGAAGUGUGAGAUCACCCUGCUGCCAGGCAACAUAUUGUGAGUGGGCUGCUCUUGGGUGGCUGAGGUUACUGUUGGGUUUGGGGUUACGCUUGGGGCCUCUCCCUCUCUCUCUCUUCCAGCUAGCCUGACUGUGUGUUUAUAGCUAUAGACCUGGGGUUGGGGUUGGUAGGAUAUGGUUGGGGCCCUCUCUCUUCCAUCUUGACUGUGUGUGUGUCUUGGUCUAAGGCUGAGGUUGGCGUUGGGUUUGGUGUUAUGGUCUGGGGCCUCUCUCUACUCCCAGCCUGGCUGUGUGUGUCUGGUUGUAGAGGUUGGUGUUAUGGUCUGGGGCCUCUCUCUACUCCCAGCCUGGCUGUGUGUGUCUGGUUGUAGAGGUUGGUGUUAUAGUCUGGGGCCUCUCUCUACUCCCAGCCUGGCUGUGUGUGUCUGGUUGUAGAGGUUGGUGUUAUAGUCUGGGGCCUCUCUCUACUCCCAGCCUGGCUGUGGCUUCUCUCUGCAGAGGUGAUCUAACUUCUACUACUGGCAUCCGAUAUGCACCGCAGCGGGAAACGCCAUGGUAGAGGCAAAUUAAGCAAUUAAGACCAUCAUUAUUUCUCGGGCUCUGUGGUUUUUUCCCUCUCUCCCUCCUCCUUCCCUCUACAUUUUUCAUUUGGUGGGGGGGGGAUCAUUGUGAGAAACAGUGCUGAUAGGCAGUCUGUCCUAUUUGCUGCAUUUGAGCGGGAGAAUGGCCUCAAUGGCCCUAUCCCACCCUCUUUCUCUUUCUCUCUCUCUCUCACACACACACACACACAAAAUGAGAUUGCUCUUUUGGCUGCCUGUCUCCCCUCAGCUCUCCUUCCCUCCUUUUACCUUAAGUGGUGAUUUAAAAACAACUGCGUGUAUCUGCAGACCGGGGGCUCAAUGUUGUCUGCCGUGCCGCCUUUCGUAAGCAGACAGCUGGUCUGAAUUAAGGACCGUUGGAGGGGUAGAGGGGGGGAAACAUAACAGUACCUUCCCCACUGUUGCUGCUGUGUUGUUCAGGGAACCAUAGGCUUUAGGUUAUUUGCUUGUAACUUCCAAACACCCAGUUUGAGCUGCGUAGAGGCUGAAGGGACACAGGGGGUGAAGUGGGGGUGGAAUGGAGGGGACGAGAGGGUGGUGCACUAUUGGUGAUUGAGGAUGAGAGGGACGCGGGAUAGACGGGUGCCGUCCCUCCCUUUCUCCUUCUGUUUACUUGUCUAGCAAGCCCCCCUUGAGAAAUGAGAGUAGAAGGGGUCUGCGACCACAUGGCCUUGUCUUUAGGCUCUCUCUCUCUCUCUCUCUCUCUCUCUCUCUCUCUCUCUCUCUCUCUCUCUCUCUCUCUCUCUCUCUCUCUCUCUCUCUCUCGCUCUCGCUCUUUCUCUCUCGCUCUUUCUCUCGUCCUCUCUCUUGCAACACAGAGACCUAAAAUAGACUCUGGGACUGUCUUUUGUCAACAUAUCGUGCGAUAAUGUUGUAGCUGUAGUCAAGCAAUUCAGUUGAUCGGCGCGGGCAGAGGGCUUUUUUACUGCCAUAACAAAGUGAACAAAAAAGCUUCUAAGUUUAGACUCCAGUGUGUUGUUUCUUCUUUCUCCUUUCCCUUUUCCGACCCUCUCAAGUUGCGGUCUCCAACGAUUUAUUGUCCGGCAUUUGUUUUAUUGGUUUAUUUUUCCCUGUGUGUUGCUUAUGUUAGAGACCUUGCUUGGCUGCUCAGUUGUGGUUCGCUCCGUGAUGCAAGGCCCCUGCUAUGUGGUCCUCUGUGGGCUCCUGCUUUAGACCCUCCUCACCCCCCACCCCAACCUUAAACGCACAUAUGUACACACACACACACACACACACACACACAGGAUCAGUCCUUGGGGGAGGUUGGGGAUGUAUUUACAACCUCUUAAUGACCAAAUCAAAUGAAUGACGAAUCUUACUUGGACUAGUUUGACUCUUGCCAUUGUACAGGAGGAGGCUGGGGAGUAAUAUAACUUUGGAGGCUCGUGAAUCCCUGCUACCGGCAUUGCUCUUUAUGGGUGUUUGGUAGAGGGCAAGUUUUGACUUGCGAUUACAGUGCGCUAGCUAUGUCUGUCGAAAACUGUGGGGUGUUCUAAAAACACCCGGGGGGGACGACGACGACGACGACUCAGUGCUACCUGUGUUUGCAUAAAUAAGUCAUUGGUUGGCUGUCACCUGUGCAAUAUUCACUCGCCGCUUAGUUUCCACCACUGCGUCUGGUUCGUCUAGCUCUGGGUGUCUCUGGUUACAGGUGUCUGAUUUCACUGGCAUCAGGCAAUGGGCGAAACUGGCUGUCCUUGUGCCUGUGUCUGUACUCUCUCCCCCCAGGUAGGCAGGUAGCCUUUCGGGUAGGAGCGUUGGGCCAGUUACCGAAAGGUUGCUGGAUUGAAUCCGGAGCUGAUAAGGUAAAAAUCUGUCGCUCUGCCCCUGAGAAAGGCAGUUAACUGUUCCCUGGGCGCCGAUGAUGUGGAUGUCGAUUAAGGCAGCCCCCUGCACCUCUCUGAUUCAGAGGGGUUGUGUUAAAUGAGGAAGACACAUUUCAGUUCAAUGCAUUCAGUUGUACAACUGACUAGGUAUCCCCCUUUCCUUUCCCUUUCCCAUUGCUAUCUCCAACAUGGUUCACCAGCUUCUACUGGUCACGGAUAGCCUCUCUGCUCUGUGAAGAGAGACAACAAACAACACAAACAGCCUCCCCUCUGUGCCCGUCCCUAACUAAGCAGCCCUCAUACAGAGGAUGGUAGAGAGGAUGAAGUAGAGCUGUCAGAGGCAUGGAAGUGUUUAAGCCUUAUGAGUUGACAUCUGGCUCUCUGGUUCUGAGUCUGAUAAACAUUAAAGAGAGGAGAAUUAGAGGUGGGAUAGAGAGAGAAAGAGAGUGGAGGGAUAGAGAGAGGGGAUUGGGGAGAGAGAAUGAACGAGUGAUGGAGAGAAAGAUGAAAAGGAGUAAUGGAGAGUGAGAUAUUUAGAGAGAAAGAAAGCGAGAGGAUCAAAAGCGCCCCUCUCCCCAGACUGCCUGUUUUUUCACAGCGUUAACUUGCUUAGCGUGUUACACUGCCCCUCCAUGUGUGCCGUAUCAACUCAGCCUUGUUUUCCCUAGCAACUUCCUCACACUAUUACAUAACUCCAGGAAUGACCCUGUUGGCAGGGCUUUGAACACAUCUCAACCUUUGAGGCAACACAAUAACAAAAGCAUCAGAAAAAAAUGCACUUUCUAAUGAUGCCAAUUAACAUUGAUUUGGUUCAUAUCCGAAAAGGAACAUGCAAACUAUCUUGUUUCAAAUUAUCUGACAUUUUCAGAAACAUGUUGUUUACACGAAAUGUGUGCAAUUUCUAUGUACAAAUGUUACAAAAAUAUUUGGUGUCACUACCAAUCUUUCUCUAUCUCUCUCUCUCUCUCUCUCUGUCUCUCUCUCUGUGUGUCUCUGUGUGUGUCAUCAGACAUGCCAGUCCAAGGUGUUUGACCUGUCUGACGGAGUUUCCCAGUACGCCUGGUUCCCCUGCAGAGAGGCCCUACAGUCCUCCUGGUACCCCCAGUACUGGCUCAAGGUAGGUCACAGGCCAAAGGUUAUAGGUCAGGGGUCAUGGGAUAUGGGUGGGCAAAGACUGAGACUGACCCCUGUGGACACAAAUCAAAGAUGUCUUUUGAAGAUUUAUGCAAAAGCUGAAGUUACAUAAACAUAUCUCCAGUUAGUAAUAUGCCCUAUAUGAAUGUGUUGAGAGUUUAGGGCACUAAAUGUGACUGUUCCCUUCUCACCCAGGCCUACUUCUCCCACCCCAUGGUGGCUGCUGCUGUGAUAAUCCACUUAGCUGCAGACGGUACGGGCUACAUCGACCAGACGCAGUGCAACAUCACCGUUCAACUGGUGGACACCAAGGAGGUCAUCCAUAGCUUAGGUCCGUAGAUACAACCUAUGGAACUGUGGAAGCUUGGAAAGAUCUCUUAAGAAUCUCAUAUGAGCUAUAUCUCUGUCUUCCCACAUCCCUCUUUGGCCCUCCUUUCUCUGUCUCUUUCCUUCCCCCCAUCCCUCUCACUGUUCCCUCCUUCUAGGCGAUUGGCGUCUGAGCUGCAGGACCAACCCUCUGGUAAUCCCAGUGAGCCAUGACCUGAGCGUGGCCUUCUACCACACCAAGGCCAUUCUGGUCGAGUUCCGCUCCCACCUGGUGGCCAUCUCUGGUGUGGGCCUGCGCUCCUUCCAGUUCUUUGACCCAAUCACCAUCAGCGGGUGCCAGAGCAACGAGAUCUACAACCCAAUGGGUCAGAGGUGAGGAGGGGGCAGGGGGCGCAAGGGGAGACAUACAAAAGAUCACUGUUAUGCAUAUAGAAGUAAACGUGUAGGGAAAUGUGAACAUGAGCAUGUGUAUAACUGUGCAUACACGCAAGUGAAUGUACGAACACACACACACACAUGGGCGCACACACAGGCCUCAGAAUUUGUCAGGGGGCUGUCAUGAGAAAUAGGGCCAUUUGUGGCUUUUGUUGUUUGCUAGUGAAGCAAACGAGAAAAGCUAAUUGGAUGAGGAGGAUUUAAGUAUCUGCUCUAAACAGGAAGUUGUUUGAUGCCACAAAGAGAAGUUGCCCUCUCCAGAGUUGUCUUUGGCUCUGUGACCCAUACCACUGAGCUGUCAAACUCAACAAUUCACUUGGUGUUAUUCAGCUGAUAUGUGUGGUGGCAAUUCUUCGGUUUCCUAUAGACCAGGGAUGGGCAACUGGCAGCCCCUUUUUGUAGGCCCGUGGAUCAAUUCACAAGGUGCAAACAUAAGGUGCAAUUUUCUAAAUUUGGUUGUGCAUCAGCAGUUUUUCUCUUGUUAUGUCAUCAUUGACAGUCACUCAAUUAUCCCAUGUCAGCUAUUUAUUUAUUUAUUGGUAAGUUAGUCUAGACAGAUAUACAAACUUGUAGUAAUCACUGUCAAAUUACCGACACUGCAGGCCCUCAUGAUGAAUUCAGAUUUUUUGUGGCACCCACCCCAUCAACGUUGUCCAUCCCUGCUAUAGAAGAUUUAAGUACUAAGUUCAGAUGUAGUAGAUUUACUUAGCAAACAUUCUGUAGGCUGUUCAAGCUCCUAAACCAACUAGCAUGCCAGACAUGUAGCUCCUUUCAUUGUCAUAGUAAAGAAAUCCUCCCUUGUCCAUACAAGUUUGAAUCAAUAGUAAAUUAACUACAUCUCUCUUGCAAAACACAUUUGAUCUCAAUGAGACUAAACCUGGGAUGAAUUAAGGGUCAAACCACUCUAAAAAUGCGCUAGUGCACAUUUCAUGCCCUUCGGUUGCGCUAAAACUGGGGUGCAUCCCAAAUGGCACCCUAUUCCCUACAUAGUGCACUAUGGACCCUGGUCAAAAGAAGUGCACUAUAUAGGGAAUAGGGUGGCAUUUGGGACGCAGUCCUGGAUUUGACUGUUCCAGCAGCAGAGCUCUCUGGUGGGAGGCUGGAGGUGGGAGUUUCCAUGCCGACCCAGAGGAACAGCUCAUUCAUUAGUAAUUAAUAAUUGCCAAGUAUUACGGCUCCUUGUAUUGACAUAUUUGGGGUUUGUUGUGCUCAGCGGGAGCCGUAUCCAAAGUGGUUUUGUAAAUAUGAUCUAUUUGGCAGCUCCCUGCUUCAACUGCUCCCGCCUGAGCCUCUAGAAGGGAUUUAUUGCAGGGAUUCUUAAGCUAGAGCAUUUCUCCUCCUCUUUCUCCUCAUACUCCCUUACCUUCAUUUCUCCUCCUCCUCAUCUUAUUCCCGAUCCUCCUCUCUUCUCCUCCCUCUCCUUCUAUCUCUCUUCGCUCCCUGCCUUCUCCCUCUCCUCCUCUGCUUCCUCUUCCCUCUCCUCUUCCACCUCUUCUCAUCCAUGUUCUCUUCUCCCCUCUUCUCCUACUCCCUCAACUUCUCCCCCUCUUUGCUCUCUUCCUCCCUUUCCUCCUCUCUCUCUCCAGCCAAACAGCUGAUUUCCCGUAAUAAUUCUGCCUCUACAAAACACCAAGUCCCUUAUUCCCUAAGUUGUUAACAACAGGAGCUAUUAACGUGACCCGGUUUUAUGUUCCACACUCUUGUUUUUUUCCUUCUUUCUCUUCCUUCCCUGCGCCAUCCCUUCUUUCAAAUGCAAAGAUUUGAGGGGUACUGGCAGAUUGUUGGACUGUGAGUGUGGAGGCUCUAGAGUCUUUUUCCACAUUUGUCCUAGUCUCCAGUGAAGGUUCAGAUUUUGAGUGAUGGGACACUGGAAGGGAGAUAGUGACCUCGUCAUAGCCCCUUCUAGUAGUCUUCAGACUAUUGAUCAUUUUUCAAGUGUUUAAAAAAUUCUCAAGGAGACGGAGCUGAAACCGCACUUAUAACUCAAUACAUACCUUAUGGCUCAUGUAAUGUAAAGUGGCAUGAAAACAACUCAGUGUUAAGCUGUCUAUAAAGCCAGUUUCUUUCCACCUUCUCAGCUAAGGAUCCUAAAAUGUAAACACCGUAGCUCAAGCAGGGAGUUUGGAUUUGUAGUGAGUGUCGGUUUGUGUUUGCUCUGCCUUCUCUCUAUACGUUUAUAGGUUCACAUUAGGCUUUCAGAGUUUGUUAUUGAGGUGGAAGGAGAAAGAACGAGAGAGGGAGAAAAAGCACUACAUUUACAUUUUAGCAGACGGCUCUUAUCCAGAGCGACUUACAGAAGCAAUAAGGGUUAAGUGCCUUGCUCAAGGGCACAUUGGCAGAUGUUUUUGUUGUCUCUGGGAUUCAAACCAGCUACCUUUCAGUUACUGACCCAACACUCUUACCCUGUAAGCUACCUGCCACCUAUUAGAGGUAUUAGGUUUGUAAGGGAGACAGAGAACGAUAGAGUACCGAAAAGAUGACAGACAGAGAGAGAGAGAGAGAGAGAGAGAGAGAUGAGAGAGAGAGGAGAGAGAUAGAGAGAGGAGCGAGCGAGAUUAUCUAUCUCUCUAGAGCUCUAUGGUCUCCUAGCUCCUCUCUCUCUCUAUCUCUCUCUCUUCUAUCUCUCUCUCUCUCGCUCUCUCUUCCUCGCUCCUUCUCUCCUCUCUCUCCUCUCUCUCUCUCUCUUCUCUCUUUAUCUCUCUCUCUCCAGCUUUCUCUUUUAGAGAUCUCUGUGCUUUUUUUCCCCUAAUGUUCUCUCUUCUGCAUCCCAAAUGGCACCCAAUUCCCUAUAUAGCACACUACUGGUCAAAAGUAGUGCGCUAUAUAGGGAAUACAGCAGGCAGACUGUUGUUAAAGACAGCCUCAGGCGUCCCGGCAUUCCUAGAACAUUAAAAAGAGUCCUCUGACUGCUACCAACGUAGCGCUUGGCCAGACUCUGUCAUUGUAGUCUGCUCACAAUAUCCCACUUCUCUUAAUUCAUUAACCACACUCCCACAUGUGUGUGUGCAGACACAUAGACACACACACACACACAAAUCUGGACGCACAGACUCAAAAGCAUGCCCACUACUUCUCUCUGACCAUAUAUGAAACAUUUCUUGAUUGAUUAAUUCAGAUUGUGUCUUGUGGGCUUUCAAAUGCUGCUCCAGUGAGAGUACUGAUACACAGCUACAUGGCAUGUAUAUAUCUAGCCUAGCCAAGGCUACACCUUGUUGAUAACUAGUAGCUACUCCACCAAACCUCAACCCAGUCUGAGCUGAGCAACUAGCCCCAGAGAAUCUUACUUGCAAAGCAGCAGCCCUAUACUGUAGUGUGCUGACUAAAGACAUUCACUCCUCCCAUUGUGUUGCUGGUUCUGGAAAGAGGAGAUAUAGCACAUUCUAUAGAUAGCUGUGUGUUCUCCAUGCUAUAAUGAAGACAGAUGUGGAGGAUGAUAUCUAGAUGCCUGUACUGGAUCACGUCUGGGAUGAUGAUAUGUGGGUAUUGAUUAAUGGGUUGCGUCCCAAAUGGCACCCUAAUCCCUAUAUAGAGCACUACCUUGGACUAGAGCCCUGUGGCUACCGUGGUCUCACUUCUAGGGCAGCCAGGUGAAUGCAGUGUGGCAGUGUGUGUUGAGACAGUGUGGUUGUGUUGAGACGUUGUGGUUGUGUUGAGACGUUGUGGUUGUGUUGAGACAGUGUGGUUGUGUUGAGACAGUGUGGUUGUGUGUGUGCUGAGACAGUGUGGUUGUGGUUGUGUUGAGACAGUGUGGUUGUGUGUGUGUUGAGACAGUGUGGUUGGGUUGUGUUGAGACAGUGUGGUUGUGGUUGUGUGUGUGUGUUGAGACAGUGUGGUUGUGGUUGUGUUGAGACUGUGGUUGUGGUUGUGUUGAGACAGUGUGGUUGUGUGUGUGUUGAGACAGUGUGGUUGUGUGUGUUGAGACAGUGUGGUUGUGGUUGUGUUGAGACCGUGUGGUUGUGUUGAGACAGUGUGGUUGUGUGUGUGUGUUGAGACAGUGUGGUUGUGGUUUUGUGUGUGUUGAGACAGUGUGGUUGUGUUGAGACAGUGUUUUUUGUGGUUGUGUUGAGACAGUGUGGUUGUGGUUGUGUUGAGACAGUGUGGUUGUGGUUGUGUUGAGACAGUGUGGUUAUGUUGAGACAGUGUGGUUGUGUUGAGAUGUUGUGGUUGUGUUGAGACAGUGUUUGGGUUUUGGUUUGUUGAGACAGUGUGGUUUUUGUGUGUGUUGAGACAGUGUGGUUGUGGUUUUGUUGUUUUUGAGACAGUGUGUUGUGUUGAGGACAGUGUUUUUUGUGGUUGUGUUGAGACAGUGUGGUUGUGGUUGUGUUGAGACAGUGUGGUUGUGGUUGUGUUGAGACAGUGUGGUUAUGUUGAGACAGUGUGGUUGUGUUGAGAUGUUGUGGUUGUGUUGAGACAGUGUGGUUGUGGUUAUGUUGAGACAGUGUGGUUGUGGUUGUGUUGAGACAGUGUGGUUGCGGUUGUGUUGAGACAGUGUGGUUGCGGUUGUGUUGAGACAGUGUGGGCGGUUGGUUGAGACAGUGUUGGUUGUGGGUUUGUGAGACAGUGUUGUGGGGUUAUGUUGAGACAGGUGUUGCGGUUAGUUGGAAGGUGGUUGUGUUGAGACAGUGUGGUUAUGUUGAGACGGUGUGGUUGUGUUGAGACAGUGUUGUUGUGGUUAUGUUGAGACAGUGUGGUUGUGGUUGUGUUGAGACAGUGUUUUUGUGGUUGUGUUGAGACAGUGUUUUUGUGGUUGUGUUGAGACAGUGUUGUUGUGGUUGUGUUGAGACAGUGUGGUUGUGUUGAGACUGUGGUUUUGUUGAGUGUGGUUGUGUUGAGACAGUGUGUUUGUGUUGAGAGUGUGGUUAUAUUGAGACAGUGUGGUUGUGUUGAGACAGUGUGGUUGUGUUUGUGUUGAGACGUUGUGGUUGUGUUGAGACGUUGUGGUUGUUUUGAGACAGUGUGGUUGUGUUGAGACUGUGGUUGUGUUGAGACAGUGUGGUUAUGGUUGUGGUAAGACAGUGUGGUUGUGCUGAGACAGUGUGGUUGUGUUGAGACUGUGGUUGUGUUGAGACAGUGUGGUUGUGGUUGUGGUAAGACAGUGUGGUUGUGCUGAGACAGUGUGGUUGUGUGUGUUUGUACUUUAUAUUGUACUGUAUGGGUGUUCUACCAACUGCAUUUAAGUGGGCUGUGUCUGGCUGUGGAUUUAUCUACACUGUUAUACUGAUUAUUUCUGUUUCAUCUGUGUAUGUUCUUCCCUACUCUAGUUGUAUUAUAUAUACAGUACAGCAUACUCUAUAUGUGCAGUAUAUAUUUAGCUACUAUGUGCGUGCUUAUACUGGUACUAAAUAAUUCACCCCUAUGUUUUUGUGUACCCUCCCUUCUCUAGUUGUGUCCAUUACUCGUGUGAGGCCAACGACUGCCAGGAGCCGCUAAUCCGCAAUGCAGAGCUCAAGUGUAGCAGUCUGGGCUUCUUCAAUGGAGCUCGCUGCACCAUCACCUGCAACUCUGGCUACGUCCUGCAGAUCCACAGAGACGAUGACAUCAUCAAGACCCAGGUAUACACACACACACGGCAGAUACACACACACACACACACACACACACGGCAGACACACACACACACACUAGCCAUAUUAUUCACCUGCAACAGCAGCUUGGCAGUGUAAACCCACUGGGAGAAUGACAUCAUGACAAGCCCAGGUAGCUAGCUAGUGCUGCACUGUGGAGAGUAGACGCAUCGCCCCUCCUUCCUUCUCCCUGCUUUAUGCACACACACACACACACACACACACACACACAAGAUGUGCACACACACGCAUGCACAGAUACACAUACGCUCACACACAGAUAUACACACUGACACACACAGAUGGACAAAAACACACACAUGCACACACACAUGCACAUUCACAUGUAUACACACACACAUACAUAAAAUGACACACAUACUCACAUACUCGCACACAGACACACACACGCUAUCUAUGUUUAGUCUUUCUGCGCUGCACCAUCACCUGCAACAAUGGCUAUGUGUUUCUGCUCCACUGGGACGAUGACAUCACCAGGUACUCUUUGCUCACUGCGCCCACUGGCGGGCCUUCCCUAAUUCCUUCCGUCCAUACGGCCUUCCCUUACCUUCGUACUCCUUCCUUUCGGAAGGAAGUCCUUCCUCUUCUUCUUCUUUUUCUUCUUUUCCUUCUUCCUUCCUUCCUCCUGCUCACCUCCCUCUUCCUCCUCCAAUUCCUUCCUUCUCAUCCUUCCUUCCUCCUCCUUCCUUCCUUCUUCCUUCUCGUCUUCCUUCAGUCCUUCCCUCGCCCCUCCCUCCUUCCUUCCUUUACUUCUCCUCCUUCAUCCUCUCCUCUUUGCCUUCCUUCCUUCCUUCUUCCUUCCUUCCUUCCUUCCCUUCCCUUCCCUUCCUUCCUUCCUUCCUUCCCCUCCCCUCCCACCCCACUGACACAGUGAAGUCAUCCUCACAGAGCACAUAUACAACAACUAGACACACCACUGUCCACAUACUCCAUGUCUUUCUAAUGUCUGUAUGUGUGUGUAUUUUAAUGGAUAUGUAUGUGGUGUUUGCUGAGAUGAAUUACACUGCAACUACUUUGCAUUACGACACUGUGUAGCGGGUAACAAAACAUUUACCCUAUGACAUAUGUGUUAACAUUACUCACACUACUGGAGUAAGAGCUUUCUGCUUACCAAGAAGUCUCAGCAUCCACUUCAUGUAGUAUCAACCCCCACACACCAGACACUCAACAGAUGGGGAGCACAGUCAUUGGCACACAAAACACCAAAACACAGAAGCAUGCAGGCACACACAAACCACCCCAACCCAUUCACUCCCACAGAGGGCUCGUAGUUAGUUAGUUCACAGCCACACAGUCAACCCAUUCACUCCCACAGAGGGCUCGUAGUUAGUUAGUUCACAGCCACACAGUAAACCCAUUCACUCCCACAUAGGGCCCGUAAAGACAGCAGCACCUGAGCUUUAUCCCUCUCCCAGGCUCUGUUAACAGACCUGCAAGCUAAUCAAUUAAUGCCCCCUAAAACAUACACUCACAUAGAGAGACAGAGAGAGAGAGAGAGAGAGAGAGACAGAGAGAGAGAGACAGAGAGAGAGAGAGAGAGAGACCGAGAGAGAGAGAGAGAGACCAGAGGAAUGAUCCAUGAGCUAAAUGAGUUAUUGUUUGUUAGAGAGAGAGAACACAAAAAAACGGUGAGAGAAUGCAAGAAGACAGGGAAAGAGAGAGAGAGAAAUGAGAGACGUAGAGUGAGCUGUAUAGAAUGAUGUUUUGUUUUGGGUUUGGAUUCCAGCCUCAGUACCGGAGCCCUCCCUCCUGUUUGCUCUGGUCAAUAACAUAAUAGAGCACCACUUCAACUGGUUUUAUGUUGGUGAGGAUGAACAUGUGGAAGUGGUUAUAGUGGGGGAUCUGACUGGCACAGGUGGCGGGGGGGAGAGCUUACUGUACACACACUCGCAGGCACACACUCGCAGGCACACACACACACACACUUGUUCUUUGUGUGUGUGUGUGUGUGUGUGUGUGUGUGUGUGUGUGUGUGUGCGCGUAAUCAGACUUAUACUCUACAUACACUACUUAGGAGCAUGUCCAUAUGGCUACCUGUUUGUGUGUAUGAUGUGUUUGUGGUCCGAUGAGCCAAAAAUACUGUAUAAAAUAAAUAAUUCAAAUACUGAGCUAUAUUGUAUGCUCAAAAAAGUUUGGAAAUUAUAUUAUUUUAUACUAAUUCAAUUGCUCAGAGAAAUACAUUUUGUUUAGUAUGUUAAUUUUAUUAAUAAAAAAAUAAAAAAAGUAGGGGUAAGAAUGAUUGACACCCUGUUUUCAAUACUUUUCAAUACCUCACCUUUUAUGAGUUAGAGACCAUUCAACAAUACAGAAUCCUUCCAGAUCCUUGAUAUCUUUCAUCUGCGCUUAUGGACUGCCUUCUUUCUAAUCUUACCUUUUUGAGAAAAAAAAUAUAAAUGUUAAACAAAACCUAUUUCUCUGAGAAAUUGUAUUAGUAUAAAAUAAUAUAAUUUCCCAAUUAGUUUUAUGUACAAUUUAACUCAGUAUUUGAAUUAUUUAUUUUAUACAGUCAUUAUUGCUCAUCUUUAUCAAGAGGGUCAAUAAUUUCAGACCUGACUGUAUGCUGUUUCCCUAUUAGCAUUUCAGCACUACGUCCAUAUGCGUAUGCACCAACACAUGCAUGAUAUGGCUCAUUUCAGUUGAACAGCAUUUUGGUCUAUGCAAAAUGGCCCAUUUGGGACACAAGCUGUUCAGGUAUAUUACACAACGAAACAUGUUACUACCAGCCUAUGAUUGUGUGUCAACUCUGAGAGAUUCACUUCAUUACCAUCUGACCAUCACACUUGUAACGGCAUUGCGUUUGAUUGACAGGGCAUAAUGUUGAUUAAUAUGUCAACGGUAACUUGCUUAGGGAUGAAGGAUUGAAGGAUCUCCUUGAGAGGGUUUGGGUGGGGAGAGAGAGAGAGAGAAAGAGAGAGAAAAAUGAGAGAGAAAUAAAGAAAGAGAAAGAGACAGAACUUCAGCUCACUUCAGAUGCCCCCUCCCUUUUCGUAACUUGGGGACAGUACAACGAGUUCCUCUCCUCUUUCUUCCCUCCUUUCACCCCCUCCUCCUCCUCCCCCUGGUCCCUGUAGUCUACGAGGUUGAAAAGUGCAGCGCAAAGCACAAUCCUAUCUCCUUUCAUUAGCCGAUUACACUCUUGCUUCACCGGUGUCAAGGUGGUUCUGGGAACUAUCAAGGUGGUUCUGAUGCUAUCCCACGUCUAUUUGUGUGUUUGGGGUUUGAUAAUGCAAUCCGUUUGUGUCUCAGAGGAAAACCUGUGUGUGUGUGGAGAUGGGGUAGGGGGAUUGUGUGUGUGUGUGUGUGUGUGUGUGUGUGUGUGUGUGUGUGAGAGAGAGAGAUUUAUUUUAGCCUUUUGUGUGGACACGCUGCAGGUCUCAAGGCGAAUGGCGCUGAAAGGUCCAGAUUUUAAUCUACCCUGGGAAAUGUGGCGCUUUAAAUUCAGAGUGAGUCUCAAUGUGUUUUAUGAGGCGACAAGGUCAGGGUGCUGAUGAUGAUUGACACCUGAGUGUGUGUGUUAUAAGUAGGGCCAGGAGUGUUUCUUAAUCAGGUCACAUGGUCAAGGAAAAACUCCUGGCCUAACUAUUAAGGCAAGAUGAACAAGACAAAUGACCACACUCUCUACUGUAUACCUGAAAGGGCAUAUUGCUUCCAGGUAGUAUACAAUAGCAUACUGUUUGAUACUAUAUGUGUAGAUGUUCCCACGGGGGGCCAGUAUGAAAAAUGUAUGCACUCACUAACUGUAAGUCGCUCUGGAUAAGAGCGUCUGCUAAAUGACUAAAAUGUAAAAUGUAAAAUGUAAAUGUUUUGUAGGGAAAUGCAGGUGGUGAUUAAGAUGAGGAUUGGUGCAACAAGGAAACAUCACUCCAGUAUCUGCUUGGAGUGGCUACAUAGUCCUGUCAGAGAUGCCAGCAGUACAGUUAGUUCUGUAUAGUGUUGCAAAAUUCCGGUAACUUUCCCAAAAUUCACAGGUUGCAAUUUGCAACCCUAGUUCUGUAUGAUCCUAACUGAACUCUAGACAGAUAGUAUUAUACUGUAUGAAGUAUCAUCCUGAGUAAGGUGAGGUGGGUUGAGAUGAAGAGGGUUGGAACUGUGUGUCUGUCUGUCUGGCUUGAGUUAGGCCCAGUAGCCAGGGGUUGUUAAAUCUCCUCUGGAGGAGAGUCAGGUAGCUGUAAAGAUUUUAAAGAAGGAAACUCCACACACACAAACUGUAUACAAAUUUGAGCAUACAUAGUCAUAAACACACACACACACACACACACACACAUACAUAUACACACACACAUACACAAACACACACACACACACACACAGAUACACAAUUGGACCCGUCAACACCAGCUUUUAGUCAUAGUGUGAGUGUAUACAGUGCAUUCGGAAAGUAUUCAGACCCCUUCACUUUUUCCACAUUUUGUUAUGUUACAGCCUUAUACUAAAAUGGAUUACAUAAUUUUUUUCCCUCAUCAAUCUACACACAAUACCCCAUAAUGACAAAGUGAAAACAGGUUUUUUAUUUUUUUGGCAAAUGCAUUAAAAACAGAAAAACAGAAAAAACUUAAGUAUUCAGACCCUUUGCUAUGAGACUUGAAAUUGAGCUCAGGUGCAUCCUGUUUCCAUUGAUCAUCCUUGAGAUGUUUCUACAAUUUGAUUUGAGUCCACCUGUGGUAAAUUCAAUUGAUUAGACAUGAUUUGGGCACACACCUGUCUAUAUAAGGUCCCACAGUUGACAGUGCAUGUCAGGGCAAAAACCACGCCAUGAGGUCGAAGGAAUUGUCCGUAGAACUCCAAGGCAGGAGAUGUGUCAAGGCACAGAUCUGGGGAAGUGUUCCAAAAAAUGUCUGCAGCAUUGAAGGACCCCAAGAACACAGUGGCCUCCAUCAUUCUUAAAUUGAAGAAGUUUGGAACCACCAAGACUCUUCCGAGAGCUUGCUGCCUGGCCAAUCUGAGCAAUUGGGGGAGAAGGGCCUUGGUCAGGGAGGUGACCAAGAACCCGAUGGUCCCUCUGACAGAGCUCCAGAGUUCCUCUGUGGAGAUGGGAGAACCUUCCAGAAGGACAACCAUCUCUGCAGCACUCCACUAAUCAGGCCUUCAUGGUAGAGUGGCCAGACAGAAGCCUCUCCUCAGUAAAAGGCACAUGACAGCCUGCUUGGAGUUUGCCAAAAGCCACCGAAAGACUCUCAGACCAUCAGAAGGUCUGAUGAAACCAAGGCCUGAAUGCCAAGCGUCACGUCUGGAGGAAACCUGGCACCAUCACUACGGUGAAGCAUGGUGGUGGCAGCAUCAUGCUGUGGGCAUGUUUUUCAGCGGCAGGGACUGGGAGAAUAGUCAAGAUCGAGGGAAAGAUGAACGGAGCAAAGUACAGAGAGAUCCUUGAUGAAAACCUGCACCAGAGGUCUUUGUGAUAAAAGCACCACAUUUGGCACAGAGGUAGAUGUAUAUAACCUGAAGAAAUAUAAAUAUAGAGCCACCCCAGAUUUUGCCCCUGGGGGGCGUGGCAGCCACUAUAACAAAACAAUUACUCUGAUAUUCAGAAGAGCCGAUAACUCAAAAAUGUAAAUACAUAUUUAGCUUCCAGUCAAUGUAUCUAUACCAACUUGAGAGUCUCAUCUUUCAGAUGCAAUUGGAACUUAGUUGAUAGCCCAUAGUGUUCCAAAGUUAGAGUUAAAAGUCUGAAGGCACCAGCCCUCAUAUCACCUAUAUCAUCCAUAUCGGUGGCCAUUUUAGGUCGUACCGGUAUGUCAGAUCAGCUCAUUCGCCAAUUUCUCAGCCUCUGAGUAUCACAGAAAUACAACAAUUUGAAUGAAUAAGUGGCAAAACAUGAAAAAUAUACAAAAACUUAUUUUGGGCCAUUUAAACCGUUUACUUGUGUUAUAAAAGGUAAAUUAAAUACAAAGUGUUACUGCUUGAAAGACAGUGUCUCUUUGAAAUCAUUACUAAAUUGCAAUUCAAAAAUGACCCGUCAUUUACAGGAAGUUGUAUCCAGCAGGAAUGCAUGAAAUCUUACAGUGUCCUUAAUUUACUGCUACUGCUAAAUAUCGGCUGUAAAUAGAACAACUCAAGCUUAUUGUCAUUUUUUAUGAACAACAGACUGCAUGACCUUAGAAUUAUAAGGUUCUAUCUGCAAAAAGAUGUUUCUGAAAUAAUUGUCUUUAAAGUUCCAAACCCUCAUUGGUUGGAAUGGUGUCAGCAAUUUUUAUCUUGUAUUAAUUUUGAACUUAACAACAUGAAUUUGUGUAUUUAGAGUACUAUAUAGGUAGAGAACAUUGAACAGAACAAGGCUAUGUCAAUAACUCAAUUUGGACAAAAAGCAGAUUGAACCUUAUAACUCCAAGCACUCGAUAGAAAGUAUUUGUGCGGGUACAUGCGGUUGUAUUUAUCUGUGUGUGCGUGUGUGUGCGUGUGUGUAUUUAUGUCUGUGUUUGGGCAUCUGAGUGUGUGUGUGUGUGUGUGUGUGUGCGUACUUGCGCUGGUGCGUCUGCCUGUUUCUGUCCGGAUGCUGUCUCAGUCCAGCGGCUCUUCUGAAUAUCAGUGUUCGCUGAAGCGAAAGGUGCCAACAUUCUCCGUAGUUGGUAUUCCGACCACACAAUGCUGUGCUGGGAUCAAAACAGGCCAUGAAUCCAUCCUCCCCAUGUGGAGUUUGGGAUAAUCCCCUGUGUACUGGCUCUGGUGAAAAGUGUCCCCCUCCCCCGUUCUAAAUGUGUUUUGCAUUAGGAUGAUUAUACAGUAGUUGGAUAUCAGCUCUGUUGACUGGAUGGCAGUUACCUGAGCCGCUGACAAAUCCCAGUCAGUUAAAUCAGUGACAUUUAAGAACUGCUUGGCUCUGUCAUGUUACAACGACUUGUUGAGCAAGCGCUAAAUUUACGGACAUACUGUAUUUGUGUGUCAUCUUGUUUGUCUGUGUGAGUGUGAGGUAUGUACCAUACUGAGUGGGGUUGUGUAUGUGUGUAUUUGCAUGCUUGUGUGUGUGUAUAUUUGUGCUUGCAUCCAUGUGUGUGUUGUCCCAAUUUUCACCGUUUUUCUAACAUGUCUCGCAUCACUCCAGUCGGACUCAACAGUGACCAUCACCUGUGCAGAUGGAAAGUGGAAUAAGCAGGUGUCGUGUGAGCCAGUAGACUGUGGCCUACCAGACAAGUACCACGUCCACCCAGCCCACUUUAACUUCCCUGAGGGAACUACCUAUGGCAAGAGGAGCACCUUCCAAUGCAGGGAGCCUGCCCAGCUCGUAGGUGAGAGGUUUGGGUUUUGGCUGUGUGAAAUGAAUUCAGAACAACUAAAUAUGUUCUACAGUACCUGUUCUUAGCUGGCAGGUUCAUGGGAUAUAUUUUAUAUCCCUUUUAUAUUAUUUGCUUUGUUCAACCAUUUGUCUCCCCAAUUUCCCACCCCUCCCUUUCUCUCCUUCCAUCUCCACCCUCUCUACAUCUCUUCCUACCUCACUAUCUCUCCCCCCAUUUCCCCUUCUCCCACCCCCCUCUUCCCCCAGGUUCUAACAACACUCUGAUGUGUCUGGAGGAUGGUCUAUGGUCAUUCCCCGAGGCGCUGUGCGAGCUACGCUGUCCGUCCCCGCCCCAGGUGCCCAACGCCAUGCUGCAGACCAAGCGCUGCAACGACACAGGCCUCAAAGUGGGCUCCCUCUGCAAGUACAAGUGCAAGCCGGGCUACCACGUCACCAACAAGCCCAAAAGGUGACCGACCACCCACAUGCUGUUGUGAAUGUACAGUGGCUCACAGUUUGGGUCAAUUCCAUUUUAAUUCAAAAUUCCAGACUCAGUUCAAUUGACUGGGUUUGAAGUGGACUUGAUCCAAUUGAUCCUGUCUAACUCUUUACUUCACGUAUCCCAUCUUUUUGACAUAGAGCAUGUCUCUAGUCUUUGUCUUGUCAAUUCAGUUCCACUCAUCUCAAUCCAAUAAACUUUGUCUUGGUCUUUGUUUGUGUCUAAACUCCUAUCCCCCCCUUGUCUCAGGCGAGCCUUUAAGCGUCAGUGCACAGAGGACGGCAGCUGGCUGGAGGGGGCGUGCGAGCCGGUGACCUGUGACCCUCCGCCUGCCAUCUUCCAUGGCAUGUAUCAGUGCACGGAUGGCUUCCGCUUCGACAGCACCUGCUGGAUCAACUGCCCCGGAGCCAACCACACGGUGAGACCGCUGCACGCCGCUCCAUGCAAGCAGGUCUGUCUCUCUCUACUCCUCCUCCCCUCAACUGCCUGUGUCUGUCUGUAUGUCUUUUGAGCUUUCUGUCUAUGGGGCUGGGCUGACUGUUUGAAUGUUUGUCUGUCUGUGGGGCUGUCUAUCUGUCUGUAGGGCUUUGUUUGUCUGCCAAACUGUCUAUCUGCGUGUUUCUGUCUCUGUGUGUGUGUAUGAGAGAGUGUUGUCUGUCUGUGUUGUCUAUCUGUUAUCUAGUUGGCUGGCUAGCUUGCUGUCUGUCUGUCUGUGUUGUCUAUCUGUUAUCUAGGCUGGCUAGCUUGCUGUCUGUCUGUCCAACUGUCUGUCUGUCUGUCUGUCUGUCUGUCUGUCUGUCUGUCUGUCUGUCUGUCUGUCAGCUUUGCCUUGUCUUUUGGUGUCUUCUUAUAACAUUGUACUGGCCCCAGUGUCUAGCUGUUUGUCUGUAUCUGGUGUCUUUGUGAUGUGUAAGAGAAUAAUGUGUUAGGGAACAGGAGAUGUGAAGAUCAAGAUAAUGCACAAUUUUGUACAUACAGUACUGUAUGACACACACAUUUUCACACAGACUGCCUUUCACUGCAUUGUCCUUCACCUGAGGAUCUCUCUGUGUGGUAGCCUUUGAUGCAGAAUUGUGUGUGGAUUAGCAUGACCUGGUGUGUGUGGCUGUAUUAUAAUGAGAGGAUCAGAGGGUGCUCAAUCCAGUGUUCGCAUGUAUGAUUCACUAAUCUCCCGUGGGCAGAUUCUGCGUAUAGACCGAGAGGAUCUGCCAGGACUGAAUGAGAUGCGUGAGAUCCGAGCAGCAUUGGGAGGGGUGGAGACUUUUUGCCAGAACUCUCAAUUUCUAACAUGUAUGAACACAGAAGUUAAUCAGGCAGCUGACCAAAUUACGCUCGAUUUGACUUCUGGGUUAACAGAGAUGACUGGAUUAUAGACAGAAUUGAUUAUCAAUCUCUCACCUUCACUUUGUCUCAUCCCCCUUUCCUCUCUUACUGCCUCCCCUUUCUUUCUCUCUCUCUCUCUCUCUCUCUCUCUCUCUCUCUCUCUCUCUCGCUUUCUCUCUCCCUCUCCCUCUCUCUCGCUCUCUUUCUCUCGCUCUCUCGCUCUCCCCAUCAGUCCCACUCAAUUAGCUCAGCCAGUUAUUAGAUUGACAUUGAUUUUCUAAAUAGUUGUGCCAUAGACAGAUUAAUUAGGCCCUUUAAUCCUCCUUGACUACAGCUCCUCAGAUGAUUGUCAGAUAAGAGUAUCAUGUUUCGUUGUGGUACGGAAGGUGGUUCUUAAUGUCCUUGGUCUGUGUGCGUGUGUGUGUGUGUGUGUGUGUGUGUGUGUGUGUGUGUGUGUGUGUGUGUGUGUGUGUAGCAGGGGCCUAGCACCAAUGUAAUCCGCUGUAGGAAGGACGGCAACUGGACUGGCUCCUUCAAGCUCUGUCCUCAGAGCAAGGGACAGUGCUCUCUACCUCAAAACCUCAACCCCAGCAUACGAGUCAGCUGCAAGAAGGGACAUGGAAUAGGUCUGUAUAUGCACAAUGUGUGUGACAUAGUAGAAACCAUAUUAUACACUAUGUUUGUCAGAUUAUAGAGCAUCACUAGGGGCCACUAGGGGUCUUGAGGUAAAACUUAGGGACGUUGACAUAACAAAUAGAUCACCAAGUGGAUAUGAAGUCAAUUGUUUUAAGCUUUAAAUAGGAUCAAAGGCCAUUUAAAAAACCUUAUUUGAUGUGUGUACAGUUUGUGCAGACACUGAUGAUGUCAUUGGAUUUGUUUUGUAACGCACACACACACACAGGUGAGGAGUGUGAGCUGAUGUGCAGGGACAGUAACAACGACGUGGUGAUCCUGCCUAGCAACAUGACCGCAGACAGCGUACUCAAAGAGCACUGGAGAAACCCACCCAAAGUCAAGGUGUGUGUGUGUGUCUGUCACAAGUCCCACAGACGUACUUCACAAAGCACUGCUGCUCAUGAUCCGUCCUAUUAGGAAUUUAACACUGUGUGUCUGUAUCCUGGUAAUAUUAUGAACUACAGAAGGACCAAACCAUUCACACCUACUGUCUCUCUGGCCAAAGCAUCUUGGUUGGCUAGACACUGGAAAACAGAUGAUAUUGGUAGGAACAGACAGACAGACAGACAGCCAGACGGAUAGAAAGAGACAGAGAAAGACAGAAUGGGAGAUCAACAUAAGAGGAACCCCCUGCGAGAGUUCACUCCAAGAAAACAAGUUGCAGUGCACUCUGGGACAUGAAGUGUUGUGCUCCCACACUCAGCGUAGUCCACCACCACCCGCUACUGUAUACCCUGGUUGCAUUCAAUUACCCCUCUAUUGCCAGAACAGGCAGGCAUGUCCCAAUCAACACAAUAACCACCGCGGCUUGGAGAAACAGAUCCUAGCCAGUCAUCUUUGAAGUCAUGUGAACCGCAGCCAGCGCCGGGGCCAAGUCAUAAAAGUUAAAAAGCUACGUGUCGUCAGUAAUCACUAUAAUUUUUGAAAUGACCCCAUUAGAAGGCCCAACAGCCCAGUUUGAUUUAGAUGUACCUGACAGGGAUAUUGUAUUGAUUCUUCCCUGAUUGCUUAAAUUGGCAGUUGCGAUUGGGAAAUAAGGGUGGCUGGCAGUUUACAGAAGUGUACUGUAAACGUUGUGUAAACAUUGUCCACCCGGAGGGCGCAAUUCACAUGGAGAGUAAUUAAAUACACAACGAUAAGUACCAUAAUGUUGCUCUAUCUAAAUGUGUUUGUCAGAGAAUUCCACCUCUUCCUCACUUCAUUUAACUCGAUUUAAGUCAAUGGGACUUAAUCAUUAAAUUACAGUUAAAAUCUUUUUUGAAGGUUUUUAGCUGCAGUUGGAUGGACCCUAAAUAGGGUUAGGGGCUAGGGGCUAGGCUAGCCAAUGAGUGCCUUGGGAAUUAGGGGGGGUUUGUUUUCAUUGCGAGUCGCGCCGAGUCAGCCAUUUGUGGCGGUACAGGGGAAAUAAAAUGAUCUGUUUGUAAUUGACUGGGAUAAUGUCAGUCUGGAGACGAGGCAAGUGGGGGAAAGGGAGACAGGAUUAAUGGGGCAUAGAGAUGUUCCACAGGGGUUGGAUGAGGUGAAAUCAAUAGGCUGUUCUAGUGUGCUCAGCAGCUUGUGCUGCUGCUUGUGCUUCUGUGCCGGCCCAUGUCAAUCGAUGCAUGUGAAGUCCUAUGCAACCUGUUCCACCUCUUUGGCUACCAGACAAGGAUAGGACAACCCCCCUCCCCUCUAGAAAAAACAAAGAUGUAAACUCUGUCAGUCUGGUUGCGUGCAGCGGAUGACUACUCAGUAAGGCUUGCCUUCAGAGCUGAUGGCUCACGCCACGGGACGUCCAGUUUCUAAAUUAAAGUGUCAACUCAACCUGUUCCAUCUGGGAUACGCUGCUGUGCAAAUUGAACACACUUCUGAAAGCGCUAUCUGGAAAUCCACCCUGGUAUCUGCAAAUGAUUGAAUCCCAGCCUAUAAGUGUUCUCAGAUGAGUGAUGCUUAAUAUGCCUCCUGUCUCUAACCAAAUGUGAUCUGUACCAUCUACAAUAUCACGAGAACUCAAUAGUAGACUGAUUAUGGGAAGUACAGUAUAUUUGCAUAGAGAACCAUCAAAUAUGAUUGAUGAUUCAAAUAAUGAUUAAAAUCACAAAUAACCCAUGAUUAGAUUCAGUGGUAUUAUUCUCAUAACAUUUUACCUUAAAAGCUCCAUCAUGGAGCUACUCUAGAUUCACAACAAAAAAUGCAGCCGUUUCUUUAGUGUUCCACAUGUUCAAGACGAACCCAGGCAAAAAAUCCACUUUGCAUUUCCAUAUGUGCUGAGCCAGAAGGUUUGGCCUCUUCAUCACUAAUAGUGAUGUAUCACCCUUCUGUAACCAUUCGUUUUGGGGUUUGACCUACUUAGGCUACCAUACUCCUCCUCUCGCUGAUUUUCUGUAGCACGCUUUCCCUGCAUCAGCAGAAAUUACACUGCUACAUUUAGAAUCAGUCAUUUUUAUGUGAAUAAUAUCUAUUAGGGACAUGACCUCACCGUGGAGAUAAGGAUCUAUUUUGGUGGGAUAUCAGUGCCUCUGGGGCAGGUGCUGGGGCAAGGAUACCGUGCGCGGAGGGGUGAGGCUAAGCCACGAUCGUGAAUUCUGUUGAUUUACGGCCGAGCGAGUUUGCGGAUGACUUCAUCUUAGUGAAAAUAGCAAUGAAAAGUUUUUAAACUAAGUCUGUCUAGCCCCCACUCCUCCACUUUGCAGCUGUAGAGGACAUGUAGCAAAGUCUAACCACUUUUACUGUGGUCAUCCUAACUGGGGGGAUUUGACCCCCCACCCCCUCAAUGAGCUCACCCACUUCACUAAGGCAUGCUGGGAAAGAAGUGUGCUGCUACCCAGUACCCAGCUGUCCUCAGAUGCUCUGUUCUUUCUUUCUCUCCGCCGAUCACUCUCCCUCUGCCCUCUCUCCCUUCUUCUUUUUUCUGCCAUUGAUUUGCUGACGGCACUGAAAUGAAAAAUACCCUAGUUUGCAGCAGCGAAAGAGCUCAUCAACUCGUGUAUUAUUGGGACACAGCAGGGCUGGGAAAUAGCGCUGUGGCGGAGGUCAGCCAGUUCUUUGCUGUGGAUGGCACUUUUGAUCCGGUCUGCACCGGGUUGGUUUUGCCUCACUGCAUGUACUGGAUCUCCUUUGUCUGGGGGCAUCAUGUUCACCUGAAAACCCUCUCUGGUCUCACCCAUUUCACACAGACACAUAGUCUUGUAUACACUCUCCCAGCCUGCAUAACACACACACAUGCAUGGAGACGCACAGAUCCGCACACAUGGGGACAUGCACACACACACACACACACACACAGACACACACACUACAAUCACCUCAGAAGCCCCCUAGAACAAAAAAUAUUUUUUUUCAUUAAUCCCAAUGAGAGCAGACAAUGAAAGGAACAGAGCAGAUUCCCCACAUACUGUGGAAAUAUUUGAGAACACGUUUCAUACUCAUACAUACAGCGAUGCAAUCUCCCGUGGCCAUUGCCCUGGUAUGAAAGAGCACCUUUAUAUAAGGAUCAAGUUAUAUCAUGUCAAAGUAGAUUUAUUCAGCGAUCUGUGGUAAUCAAUCAAAAGCAGGCUUCGCCACUGUUGGAAACAUCCAUGCAUCCAUUCAUAUGGGAAAUACCAUGGACUUUCCUCCUCCUGAAUGUGGAGUGAGUUAAGGUGAACAACUUUUAACAAGGAACAUGGUCGUUCCACUGGAGUGUUGGCACCCUGCCUUCCUUCUCACAAACCAAGGAGAAGAUUUACCCGUCCACAUUAUGUGUCCGAGAUCAAAGGAAAUGCAGUAAGCGUUAUCCAAACAGGCACAUAUAGCAAGAGAGGGAGAGAAAAUAAUGAUUUACAACAAAAGUUGUUUGAUUUAGGUCAGCUGGGAACGUUGGAAUGAGGUAGAGGUAGGACGUGGUUGUGCAGGAUAGGUCUAGUCAGCUUCAGUCGCUUUGGUAAAAACAUCUCAUUGCAAGGUAUUUCAAGGUAUUUGACCUGUAGAAACACUUGUUGGAACCCACCUUUGUGCAAGUGAAUCAGCUAGGAGUGUAAUGUGCUUGUGGUUGGGAUCAGACGUCACUGCGAGUCGGAUCUGUUGAAACAAGGCGCAGAGGUGGCAGACUUCAAAGAGCCAACCAACCAUCAUAAGAAGUGUACUAUAUCCUCCUCAGUAGCUGCAUAAAAAGUUUAUAUUUGUUAACGCCCCCUGCGAACCAUUGACAAUAUCAAUAUAGCCUUAUAUUGUAUAGAGAGAUAUGUAUCAGUUAGUUGUAGGACCAAGGUUAUGACAUGAGUCUGGCUUUGGAAGAAAGAGAGAGAGAGGCGGCAGUAGGUGUUUUUAUGUUUUCUUUUUUUGAGUUCUGUGCCAGCGUUCCUGUCGACGUUGGCUGGUGGAGACUGUGUGUGCAGCCUAGUCUUGCCAUAUGACUCCUUGUUUAUGUUUGUGUGGGUUCUGGGGAAAGACAACACAAUUAUGCAUUCACAGCAGCCGGCAACAACAUGCUGUUCCACAUAUACUUUCACUCCACAGUCUAAUGUGCUUUUCCCACCAUCAUUACUAGUAGUACUACUACAGUAUGGCUACAAAAUCCAUCCUUACAACUACAUCUCCCCGUCAUUUAUAUUUUAAUCAAUAUAUCUUAUUCCAUAGCUCACAGAUUGACAUUUCAUCCAUAAACAGUAGAGAUAUUUUGAGUGUCUGAACCCCUUUUGACUGUUUUCCUUUUGUCUCCUUACAGAAUAUAGUGUGUACAAUGGGACUGAAGUGGUUUCCACAUCCAGAGGUGCUCCACUGCAUCAAAGGAUGUGAGGUAAGAACUUCUAUGAGCUUUCUGAGGAUAGUAGUUUAUCUAUGAGAUAAAGGUUUCACCUGAGAUAGAAGAUAUGGGGUAAGGGCCUCAUCUAUGUGAGAGGAUGUGAGGUAAGGACUUCACCUGAGUUAAAGGAAGUGAGGUAAUAGGUUUGCAUGAAGGAUUGGGAGAGAGGUAAGGGCUUGAGAGGAAGUGAGAUAAGAGGACAUGCCAUGCGUCAUGGAGGCCAGUGGUGAUGAGGAGAGGUGUGUGAGGAGUGUAAACACUGUAACAGAACAUAUACACAGGAUUAAGUGCUCUGAUAACAAGGGCUUCUUUAUGCAUUUUGUAAUGUAUCCUGAUAUUUCCUAACAUGUUAUCAGAUCAGACAUCACCUUCAGUUUCCAGAUAUGUAGCUUUUUCAACUCCCCAUGGAGUUUGUGCAGGCACUAGCUCGGCGGGAGCUGUCAAACUCGAACACUCAGUCAGUUGGUUCAAAUGGAGCUGGACAGAUAAGAGAGAUCAGGCCUGGUCAUGUUUGAAAGAGUUGGCAGCCAUUACUGGCUCUUACCUGGAACUGACUAGCACUCACACAGAUACACACACUCACACACACACACACACACACACACACACACAGAGUUCUGAACACACUGCCCUGAAUACAAUGCCAGCCAGGUAGCUAGCUAGCUAGCUAUCAAAGAGACAUGCCUUUUUACAGCAGUUGAGCUCAUUUGGGAGAAGGUUGAAAUAUAACAUUGUUUCAGAGCAUGGGUAAGCUAAUUGUUCUCUCUGGGGAGAUGUGCUGCUCCUGUGACGUCAGUUACCGUGGAUACCGGCACAAGCGGAGACGGUUGUCAGUGGAAGCCAAUUAGAGGCGGGUUUGAUUCAUGUCGUCUCCAAAAUGAAACACUUUACCCACAUGGGGACAUGGAUCUGUUUCAGAGAAUCCCUGCUAGAGAAGAGAAGCAGGAAAGAACUGAUACUGGGCUAUAGCUGUAAUACUUUGUCUACACACCCUAUGUUGCUGAUAUUGUAGUAUGCCAAUAUUUUCAGAUCAGAUAUGUUAACAAAAUGUGUUCUUUCCUCAGGAAAAUAUAUAUUUUGAUUUUACAGUGAUGAACUAUGUUUUUACAUUUUAUUGUGGUAAAGAAAGUAUCCCCCUUCUGCUCGGUGUUGGUAGAAGGAUGAUGUCAUCAUUCAUACAGCUAAAGCCAAUUGGAUAACGAAGGGGGUGCGGGGCUACCCUCAUAAAUCACAUAAUUGGAGUGUUUCUUAGCCUCAUAUAUUUUAUGGUGUCCUCACAUUGAUUUACUAGUCUGGACCUCGCACGACUUAAAAAGUCACAUUGUGUCACAAGUGUAAAUUAUGCACCAGAUCAAUCAGCAAAUCCAGCACACAACCUCAAAAACGGCACUGGGGUGAGAUGGGUACCAAAAAAGUUUACAAGUUUAAAGCUGCAAUAUAUAACUUUUUGGGCGACCUGAUUAAAUUCACAUAGAAAUGUGAGUUAUAUUCUGUCAUUCUCAUUGAAAGCAAGUCUAAGUAGUGGUAGAUCUGUUCUAUGUGCGCUAUUUCUAUCCUUCCUGUUCUUAAGUUUAGUUUUUGCGUCUUUUACUUUUGGUUUUGUACACCAAUAUAUUUCACAGAGGUUUAGAUGGUACAAUGAUUCUCUACACUAUACUUGCUUGUUUUGUCACAAACUGAAAUUAGGCGAACUCUUGGAAUUUUAGCAACCAGGAAAUGGCAGAGCGAUUUCUGCAUAGUGCACAUCUAAACAAUAGGCUACAGCAGAGCUGCCAACUCUCACUCAUUGACCGUGAGACACGCAUUUGCACCUCUUCUCACGCUCUCGCGGCACACCUCUUAUAUCUCACGCAUUGAAAAGUACUGCUUUUAUUUUUCGAGUUAGGUCAUUGUAGAGUCAGUGCGUUAACUUUUCAGCUGUGCUCCAAAUCGUUUUGAAAUCAGUGCAUCUGCGCCUGCAAUUUAACACCACAAGCUGAACCUCUAUCAUUGUCCUGUCUUGUCACAGCACUGUGAACUGCGGCACAUUGAAGCAUAUGAUUGGUCUAGCUAUGUAAGGGAUCAAGGUGAUUGGAUGCAUGCUUUAAAGAAAUACCCCUCAAGAUUAGAGUGGCGGUCAAUGGAGAAAUACUUUUCUCAGCUGAGUUUAUAAAACUCUAAAAAGAGUAGCACGGGAGCGCUAUUUUAUGUACAAUGUUGUCAACAAAAUUAGGUUGCUGUUACUCCAGUCCCUAUUGCAGAAUGCAGCCUUUUGACAGCAUGUACUAAAGUCUAUUUAUAUUUAAUCCACACUUGCAUUUGUCCCCUCGUUUGGUGAUUUGCCGUUUAGGCUGUGACAACGAAAAGGCAGCAGACAGACCUACAGUAUGUUUUAGCAGGGAAGUUUGGUAGGGUGUAGAUUUGUCAAACAGAUUGUGAACCCAAAGUGUACGUUUCAUUCUAGAGCGGGAUAAAAAAUAGAAAAAUAAUUUGGUUAGGGUGUAGGGGCAGAUUUACGUAAUCUUGUUUUAAGGAGAUGUUAUUAUUUCAUUAUUUAAUAAUUUUUGACAUUUUACUAUUGUGCACAUGCUAGGCAGAGAUGGUAGGGGUACUCACAACUCAUAAACACAUCAUAUUUUGUCUAUGUAGAGUAAGAUGAUGACAGGGAUCUUCAACUAGUAGGCAUAAACCACUUGAAUAUUGAUAUUCUUUCGAUUUUUCUUAAAGUUUGGGUGAUUUUUGAGAAAUUAAUUGUUAUAACAAGAACAUUUUCAAACACCCAGCUCUUCAGUGGAGGCCAACCCUCCUGGAGAGCAAGCAGGAUUUUCUUCCAGCCCUAUUUUAAAGAGAUAGUUCACCCAAAUUACAAAAUGUUUGUGUCCUUACCUUGAAAGCAGUCUAUGGACAAGGAGACUGCAAUCUAUGAUUUGGUUACGCACUGCCAUCAACCAUUUAUAUAAACACACAUUUCAUCCCCCAAAAAUCUCAAAGUAACAAAGUCGUUGAAUUUUGAGUAUUCAUUUAAUGUUCAAAGCAUCCUGAAUACACCUGACCUGUGGUUUAUUUUUUAUUUAUUUUCCACCCUAGUCAAUUUCAGGAAAUGAGCUUUAAAACAGUAAUAUUAUCUGUCUAAGGGUUGUGCCAGGGGGCAAUGAAAUUCACAUAGCAAAUCUCACUCCAUGCUUUCUUCAAAAGUUGGCAGCCCUGAAUACAAUAUUAACUAACUUAAACUAAUAUAGAGCACUUAAGUGGGAUAAUCAACACAAAUAAAUCAGAGGGAAUCAGUGGAUUUCUCCUCUAUAUGUUGUCCAUAUGUGUACGUACAGUACACUGCAUUGGUUGUUGAUGACGUCCUGCCUCUUAUUGUCUCCUCUUGUUUGUUGCUGUCUCUGUCUGUCACAGCCCUUCAUGGGAGACAAUUACUGUGACUCGGUCAACAACAGAGCCUUCUGUAACUACGACGGAGGGGACUGCUGCCACUCCACCGUCAAGACCAAGAAGGUAAGUAACAUCUGGACCUGGAUUCACUCAACCUUAUCAAGACAAAAUGUCAUAUUUUUAUCUGCCUUUUGAUCUUAAGUUAAGAUAAGAGUUAAGAUAAGAGUUAAGAUAUAACAGCCGUUGAGUAUCUGAUUUUAUGGUGGAUUGUGGAGGAGGGGGGUUGAGUGUGUUGGAGUAUGUGAGUAUGUGCGUGUGUGCUUGUCUGGCAUCUGUUGUGGGGGGGUGGGAAUGUUGGGGGGGGAGGGGGGGUAUGGAUGGACCACAGGAAUUAUUUGCUAGGAUAAUAAUUGCUUGUCAAUGAAUUAAAUAUAAUACAAUGGCAAUCCGGGUUAUAUGUUAGAAUCCUACGCGUGAACUGCCGACAUUAUUACGCAUAUUCAUUGAUAAUGAUGGAAAAUAGGAUAUGCAUAGUUUAAAAAAAAUAGUUAUAUAGAUAUAUAUAUAGAGAGGUGAAAGCAUUGGAAAUGCUUUUGGCGGUUAAUCUGCUUCUGUUUUGUGGGUGGCACUGUGUGCUGUUUUCGAUGGAUGGGUCCUGGCCUCUCGGGGCCUUAGGGAUCCGGAGGGACGUGGGUGGGAUGCUGAUCACUGGGAUGACGGCUCAACUUGGGAUGGGGAGGGGCUUUAGCGGGGGAAUUAGUGGAGAACAAUUGAAGGGUUACUCCGUAGCAAUGCAAAUAUCACGGUACAGCUAUAUGGACACUCAAUCAUUACGGUAUUUUUUAUUGGUAAAUUUACAAACAUGUAUAAUGAUAAAUAGACUUGAAACUUGUAUCUCAUUAUGGUGUAUGGUGAAAUAAGUAUAGCCCGUUAUAAUUGUAAUGGCUUAGCUGAUAAUAACAAAAGAAUAACAAUAUUUACAUGGCUCGAAGAGAAGGAAUAUAAUAUCUAUUGUAUACAGGAAACUCAUUCAACAAUUCGAGAUGAAGUCGCGUGGAAAAAAGAAUGGGGGGGAAAUAUACUUCUCCCAUGGGCAAAGAAAUUCAAAAGGGGUGAUGAUAUUAAUUAUUAGUAAUUUCGAUCUGAAUGUGCAAAUUGUCAAAAUAGAUACACAAGGUAGAUGGAUUAUUUUAAAUAUGUUAUUGGACCAUAAACAGAUAUGGCUCAUUAACCUUUACGGACCAAAUAAUGAUGAUCCACAAAUCUUUGACAAUAUAUAUAAUAAAUUAUCAACCCUGCAAGCAAUUCAAGACAAUAUUAUUAUGGUGGGGGAUUAUAAUACUGUUUUAAAUAGCUCAAUGGACCGUAAAGGAAAUCACACCACAAACAAUCACCCACAUGCUCUUAAGGAAAUUGUGAAUGUCAUGGAUACAUUAGAACUAGUAGAUAUAUGGAGGCUUAAAUAUACUGAUCUAGUGAGAUAUACAUGGCGGAGACUGAAUCAAGCUAGUCGUCUUGACUUCUUUCUUAUCUCAUUCUCUUUGGCACCAAAAGUUUUAAAAAGUGUUGUUAUUGGACAGAAUGCGGUCGGACCAUCAUAUAAUAGGCAUAUACAUUACUGUUACCGAAUUUCCACGUGGGCGAGGAUAUUGGAAAUUUAAUCAAAGCCUAUUGGAUGAUAAUUUAUUUAUAAAUAGAACAAAGGAAUUUAUAACUGACUUUUUCCAACAUAACAUAGGCACAGCGAAUCCCCUUAUUGUAUGGGAAACCUUUAAAUGUGCCUUUAGAGGCCAUGCAAUUCAGUACUCAUCUCGAAAACAAAAGCAAUUUAGGUCAAAAGAGUUUAUACUAAGAAAGGAAAUAGAAAGUCUAACAGAACAGAUAGAUGGCAAUAAAAACUGUAACAUAGAGGCUCAGAAUAAAUUAGAGGAAAAACAAAAAGAAAUGGAGAAACUUAUUCAAGAAAGAUCAAGUGUAAUAUAUUAUAAAAAAUAAAGCAAACUGGAUGGAAUAUGGGGAAAAAUGCACAAAAUUAUUUUUUAAUCUUCAACAUAGGAAUGCUACCAAAAAGAACUUAAUGAAACUGGUUACAAUUGACGGAGUCACCCAUAAUUCACCAAAUGAUAUUUUGAAGGUAGAAACAAAGUACUUUAAGCAUAUGUUUUAUUUUCAGUCGCCUCCAUCUCCUCUAACUGAAGCUAAUUGUAGAGUUUUAUUUCUAUUGAUAAUGUCAAAUUAACAGCCACACAGAAAGACUCAUGUGAAGGUGAAAUUACAGAGGAGGAACUUCUGGAUGCAAUUAAAGACUUUAAGUCUGGGUUGGAUGGCAUACCAGUCGAGGUAUACCAAACCUUUUUUGAUAUACUAAGAGGACCGUUAUUAGCAUGUUUUAACCACUCCUAUGUAAAUGGAGAUUAUCUGACACUCAAGAAGAAGGUCUGAUCUCAUUAUUACUGAAACAGGAUACAAGUGGAAAAUAUAAAGAUCCAGUCCAUUUACAAAAUUGGAGGCCCCUUACAAAAUGUAUAGCGCAUAGAAUUAAAAAGGUAUUGUCGGAUAUUAUUCAUUCUAAUCAGACAGGUUAUUUACAUGGAAGAUACAUUGGAGAUAAUAUAAGGCAAGUAUUGGAAACAAUAGAACACUAUGGAAAAUAUGGGAAACCAGGCCUGCUAUUCAUAGCAGACUUUGAAAAGGCAUUUGAUAAAAGUUCAACUGGGGUUUAUAUAUAAAUGCCUGGAGCAUUUCAAUUUUGGAGAAUCUCUUAUAAAAUGGGUCAAAAUCAUGUAUAGUUACCCUAGGUGUAAAAUAGUAAAUAAUGGCUAUUUCUCAGAAAGUUUUAAACUGUCAAGAGGAGUGAAACAAGGUUGUCCACUAUCGGCAUAUCUAUUUAUUGUGGCCAUCGAGAUGUUAGCUAUUAAAAUCAGAUCCAAUAAUAAUAUCAGAGGAUUAGAAAUCCAGGGCUUAAAAACAAAGGUGUCAUUGUACGCUGAUGAUUCAUGUUUUCUUUUAAAUCCACAACUAGAAUCCCUCCACAGCCUCAUAGAGGAUCUUGAUACAUUUUCUAACCUCUCUGGAUUACAACCAAAUUAUGACAAAUGUACUAUAUUACGUAUUGGAUCACUAAAAAAUACAAUUCUUACAUUACCAUGUAGUUUACCAAUAAAAUGGUCUGAUGGUGAUGUGGAUAUACUCGGAAUACAUAUCCCAAAGGAAAUAAAUGAUCUCACUUCAAUACAUUUUAAUAGAAAGUUAGCAAAAAUAGACAAGAUCUUACUACCAUGGAAAGGAAAAUACCUGUCAAUUUGUGGAAAAAUCACCCUGAUUAACUCUUUAGUAUUAUCCCAGUUUACCUAUUUGCUUAUGGUCUUGCCUACGCCUAGCGAACAGUUUUUUAAAUUAUAUGAGAAAAAAAGAUUCAAUUUUAUUUGGAACGGCAAGCCAGACAAAAUUUAAAGGGCAUAUUUAUAUAAUGAAUAUGAAUUUGGAGGACAGAAAUUAUUAAAUAUUAAAGCAUUAGACCUAUCACUAAAAGCUUCAGUCAUACAAAAGUUAUACUUAAAUCCGAACUGGUUCUCAAGCAAAUUAGUAAGAUUGUCUCACCCAAUGUUCAAGAAAGGCCUUUUUCCCUUUAUUCAGAUUACAACAACUCAUUUGCAGUUAUUUGAAAAGGAAAUCAUCUCCCAAAUAUCACUAUUUCUAAAACAAGCCAUAGAAAGUUGGUUGCAAUUUCAAUUUAAUCCUCCAGAAACGACAGAACAAAUAAUGCAACAAAUAUUGUGGUUAAAUUCAAAUAUACUAAUUGACAAAAAACCUUUAUUUUUGACAGAAUGUUUAAAAAAGCUAUAAUCUUCGUAAAUGAUAUCAUCGGUAGGACUGGUGGAGUUAUGUCGCACAUGCAGCUAACAAAAACAUAUGGAAAUGUCUGCUCUACCCAAAAUUACAACCAAAUAAUUGCAGCCUUACCGCAGCAGUGGAAGACGAAAGUGAGGUGGAGAAGGGGGAGAAAGUAAGGAACUUGUCUGUCGGCCUUGCAUUAAAGAACAUAAUUGGUUAAGGAAAACUGUGAUAAAUAAAAAAGUAUAUCAGUUUCACUUAAGGACCAAAGGAUUGACAGCCGUCCCAUAAAGAUUACAAAAUAGUUGGGAAGAGAUCUUUGACGUACCGAUCCCAUGGCAUAGUGUUUAUGAACUGACACGCAAAACGACACCGGAUUCAAAAAUUAGAAUCUUUCAAUUUAAAUUAUUAUAUAAAAUUCUUGCUACCAAUAGAAUGUUAUUUAUAUGGGGGAUACAAUCUUCCCAGCUCUGCAGAUUUUGCUGUGAAGAGACAGAAUCAUUAGAUCAUUUGUUUUGGUUCUGUCCAUUUGUAGCUUGUUUUUGGACACAGGUCCAGGAAUGGCUAAAGGAUUGCAAUAUUUACCUGGAGCUAACCUUGCAGAUAGCAUUACUGGGUGAUCUGAAAAGUCAUAGUCAAUCGAUCAAUAAUAUAAUAAUACUUUUAGCAAAAAUGUUUAUUUUUAAUUCACAAUAUGUAGAAGCAAUGAGAAUAGAAAGGUUCAGAACUUUUGUAAAACAUCACAGUACGUUUGAAAUAUAUAUGGCAAAUAGAAAUCCUAUAUGGAUGGUGUUAAGAGAUAGAUGGGAGGUAUUGAAUAGAGUUGAAGGAUGGGACUAAUAACAAAUAACAACAAAUAAUAACAAAUAUAGCUAAUAAUGUAAGCAUACUGUGUCCAUAAUAAGUAUAUAGGUUGUAUGUUGGGAGCUUUUGGGAAAGAGCACAGUUAGAAAGAUAUGGCAUAUAGAAGCAAACCGGAUGGACAUCAUGAAAAUGAUCGGAGAGGUUGAGAGUAGAAGAAGUUCAGGAGCAAAAAAAAAUAAAAAAAAAAUAUAUAUAAUUAUUGUAAAAUUAACUGUGUCCAUAAGGUGUAGAUAGUAAGUAUAGACCGGAAGUAGAGGCCUGGGCAUUGUUGUUCACUAAUUUACUCCCUAAGUAGGGAAAGGAUGGCGGGGUUGAAAAGUAAUAAAGGGGAGUAUAUAUAUAUAUAAAACAUGGGGGAUUGGAAGUGAUGCAGAUAAUUACAUUGAUAGAAGAUACAAUCUAUCUGCAAUAUUAAGCUGAUCCACCCCCCCUAAAAAAAAAAGAAAAAAGAAAAAAAAAAGAUAAGAGUUAAGAGAAGAUAAGAUAUGUUCCUAAACAAAGUUAAUGGGAAUAGUCUUAAAUUUAUUCUUAUGUUGUCACUGUGACUACUGAGAGUUAUUUGAAAUUGGGUGUGAACUUAUGUUCGCUGCCAUAUAUUUUUGAUCUUGACAUUUUGAAGAUAAGCAACAUAAAGCUUCCUUUUUCUGUUUCACAUUGGCAAUGCUCAGUUGCCCAGCUUUACGGGUUAAGAGUUUUUACUCCACCAGUUGUACACAGCUGUUCUGUACACUCUGUGUUUCUCUAGCUUGGUGUGUGUAUUGUAGUCUUUUUCCCAGGCUGUGUCUGGCACUCUGGCUGGUUUAGAAGUCUAUCGUAGUUCCUCUACCUGAGUCUGUACUAUUCUCUGUUUCUCUGGCUCAUUCUGUUCCUCUGUGGAUCUGGCUGGGUUUUUACUGUAGCAUGUGUGUCUGUCUGUCUGGAUCCAGAGUCUCUUCAUUUCCUGCUGGGAGCCAGGCGCAUGUGUCCCCUCUCCCCAGAGUCCAAUCAGAACGUGUGUGAUUGCUUCCGUUCCACCUUCACUGUUCCUCCCUCGCUAUUUUAAUGUCAGCGUUCCACAGUAUCAGGAUUAAUCAACGUUUUAUCCUCACUGUUCUAUGCUUCCCACCAUUCCACCCUCCCUGUUCCUCUCAGGCUCCUCCACUUUGGCUUAUUCCACUCUCUCUGUACCUGUUGUAAAAAGGAGAAGGUUCUUGGCUUCUGUUGUGUAGCCAACCUGGUAAAAUAAAAAGUCAUUUGUAAGUCAAAAACAAAGAGCCAAAACCAGGAUCAAGCCAGAGACAGUAGUUUUUACCUGGAUGCAUCAUCUUUAUUGGACCCACCCAUGGUGUGUUCCAAAAGACUGCUGUUUGUUGACUAGCUGCUUUGGCCCAUUGACUGGCCAGGGCUUCCAGUAAGAAGCUGUUCAGCAGCACCAGGAACAAGUUGUCUUUCACAACCUCUCUGUCUCUAGUUAUGGAAAACCAGCAGUAGGCAUGGACUGACUGAUAUCUGAUAACAAAUGUGUCUGGUAUCUGUAAACAGAGCAGUAGUAGUAUGCCAGUCACCAGUCUCAUGCUGUAGCCUACUUGGGGAUGUUCCAUCAUUCUUACUAGAAUGUUUUACGUCCAUUUCCUUUCAAUCAAUAAGUCAGUCAUGUACUAAUGUAUGUUCAGACAUGUUGCCACAUAGAAACUGGCCUAGGGCUUUGUUUUUGUCCUUCACUCAUCUGUUGUGUAUUAGCACAGGAAUAGGGGUGUUUAGAGUCCAUAAUUGAGGGUUGAAAGACACUGGCACAGUGUGGGAUGUAGCCACUUUGAUAAACAAAAAUACAACUCCUACCAACAGUUGUUAGCUGCACUUUGGUGGUUAGUGUCCUUGGAUACUGAAUAUCAGACAGACACUAGACAGACACUAGACAGACAGACAGGCAGGCAGGCAGACAGAGGAGACGGCCCAUCUCUGGGAGCGUGUCUCUGAACGUCGGCCAUUUCCGCUGAGCCGCAAUGAUAAGAGGAUCACCUGGGCUCAAGCCCCAAAGCCACGCGCUACUCCCAGGCAUUCAGCCUGGCAGCCGUUGAAGCAAACACUUCAGCUGGUAUUUCAAAAGUGACUUCCCUGGAAAUGGUUAGGAUUUGGGAAAGAUAGAGAAAAUUGCUCUGAAAUAACCGAUCAUAAUUUGAUUUAUCGGCUGCCAGGAGUGAAUGGCGAAAGAGGUUACCUGAGUUGAAGAAAUGAGAAGGAAAUAUACGGAGGUGAAAUGGGUCUGACAGGUGGGAGAGGCAUCAAACAAUAGUCCAUUGAAAAUCUUCUAAUUUAUUAUCAAGAAUGUAUGAGGAACUCAUCCAUGAAUAUAGAACAUGUGGCAUCUAAAUUCAGUAUAAAGACAAAAACACCUUUUAAUGCCUCAUCUGACUCUGUGAAAACAGUCUGGAUCUAAAUGGUUACCCUCACCCUCAUCUCUGUCUGAUUAUCCCAGCCCCAAACAAAACAACACGACACAGACAAUGACAAAGUAACUCAGACCUCUUUUUACGACAGUCUCCAUCUAUUCUGCCCACUCACUGGUGACACACAGACAGUCAGUCAGUCACACACUGUUUUCCUCCUUGUGGGAAGUUAGUGUUGUUGUUUCAGCCACAGGCAGAGAUUCCAUCUAGAGAGCUGCAUUCCCGCGGGUAUCCCAUGAGACAUGCAGGCCCCUGCAGAGCAUUGCGGCACGGUUGGCAUUUUCCAUGCUGUGGGCGGGAGUGGCGGUCAGACACACCACUUUGGGAUGAAAAUAUGUUUUUGUCCCGCAGAUUUUUUGUUUUGUAUGUGUGUGUUAUCUGAUGUAUUAAAGCACCUCGUUGUCACACUAUUCUCAAACUCUCAUAGGAUAAUGCUGCUUCAAAUUCAGUAACAUAACUCUCCUCUCUUGUGUUUGGCGUGCGAGAUCAAAUGUGCCUAUGCGUGGUCUCAAUUAAAUAGCCUGUAGGCUAUAAAUGGGCGGAGAAGCAUGCGCAGUUGUUUUUGCAUGGAAAUGAACUUCCUAAAUAUGAAAGGCUAUAGUUUAGGCCCCGAUAUUGACUGGGAAUAAAUAUAGAUCACACAUUUAUUUGUGUCUCCCUGCAAAUGUUCCUGUUCCUAUCAAUGUUACGCAAGAUUAAUACAAAACGCUUGUCUUUCUGUUUUGUAGGCUAUUCGUUAUCUAUUGUAUUAAAAGCACCUCUGUUGCAAUAUUCACAAAGAGCUACUUCUUGCUGAUUUACGCUCAGUAGCCUACCUUUCUUCUCUUUUGUUGGGCAUGCGAGAUCAAGUGCACCUAUAUGCGGGCUGCAUCAUACAGUGGGGAGAACAAGUAUUUGAUACACUGCCGAUUUUGCAGGUUUUCCUAUUUACAAAGCAUGUAGAGGUCUGUAGUUUUUAUCAUAGGUACACUUCAACUGUGAGAGACGGAAUCAAAAAAAAUAUCCAGAAAAUCACAUUGUAUGAUUUUUAAGUAAUUCAUUUGCAUUUUAUUGCAUGACAUAAGUAUUUGAUCACCUACCAACCAGUAAGAAUUCCGGCUCUCACAGACCUGUUAGUUUUUCUUUAAGAAGCCCUACUGUUCUCCACUCAUUACCUGUAUUAACUGCACCUGUUUGAACUCGUUACCUGUAUAAAAGACACCUGUCCACACACUCAAUCAAACAGACUCCAACCUCUCCACAAUGGCCAAGACCAGAGAGCUGUGUAAGGACAUCAGGGAUACAAUUGUAGACCUGCACAAGGCUGGGAUGGGCUACAGGACAAUAGGCAAGCAGCUUGGUGAGCAGGCAACAACUGUUGGCGCAAUUAUUAGAAAAUGGAAGAAGUUCAAGAUGACGGUCAAUCAACCUCGGUCUGGGGCACCAUGCAAGAUCUCACCUCGUGGGGCAUCAAUGAUCAUGAGGAAGGUGAGGGAUCAGCCCAGAACUACACUGCAGGACCUGGUCAAUGACCUGAAGAGAGCUGGGACCACAGUCUCAAAGAAAACCAUUAGUAACACACUACGCCGUCAUGGAUUAAAAUCCUGCAGCGCACGCAAGGUCCCCCUGCUCAAGCCAGCGCAUGUCCAGGCCCAUCUGAAGUUUGCCAAUGACCAUCUGGAUGAUCCAGAGGAGGAAUGGGAGAAGGUCAUGUGGUCUGAUGAGACAAAAAUAGAGCUUUUUGGUCUAAACUCCACUCGCUGUGUUUGGAGGAAGAAGAAGGAUGAGUACAACCCCAAGAACACCAUCCCAACCGUGAAGCAUGGAGGUGGAAACAUCAUUCUUUGGGGAUGCUUUUCUGCAAAGGGGACAGGACGACUUCACCGUAUUGAGGGGAGGAUGGAUGGGGCCAUGUAUCGAGAGAUCUUGGCCAACAACCUCCUUCCCUCAGUAAGAGCAUUGAAGAUGGGUCGUGGCUGGGUCUUCCAGCAUGACAACGACCCGAAACACACAGCCAGGGCAACUAAGGAGUGGCUCCGUAAGAAGCAUCUCAAGGUCCUGGAGUGGCCUAGCCAGUCUCCAGACCUGAACCCAAUAGAUUGUAUUGUAUUGUAUUGCCUAGCGACAGCCCCGAAACCUGAAGCAUCUGAAGAAGGUCUGUAUGGAGGAGUGGGCCAAAAUCCCUGCUGCAGUGUGUGCAAACCUGGUCAAGACCUACAGGAAACAUACGAUCUCUGUAAUUGCAAACAAAGGUUUCUGUACCAAAUAUUAAGUUCUGCUUUUCUGAUGUAUCAAAUACUUAUGUCGUGCAAUAAAAUGCAAAUUAAUUACUUAAAAAUCAUACAAUGUGAUUUUCUGGAAUUUUGUUUUAGAUUCAGUCUCUCACAGUUGAAGUGUACCUAUGAUAAAAUGUACAGACCUCUACAUGCUUUGUAAGUAGGAAAACCUGCAAAAUCAGCAGUGUAUCAAAUACUUGUUCUCCCCACUGUAUGUGUGGUCCCAAUUAAAUAGCCUGUAGACUAGGCUAUAUGGGUGGAGAAGCAUGGCACAGUUGUAUUUAACUUCCUAACUAUGAUAGGGUUUAGUUUAGACAUUGAUAACUCAAUAUUGCUCGCAGAUCGUUGCGCUCCUAAAAGUUAUGCAAAAUGUAGCUCAAGUCAAUUAACUGUUCAUUCUCCUAUAUUUUGCUCCAACUAUACUCUCUUUCAAACCAUGUCUACCCUUUGGCUGAUAUAGCCCAAUAAUACUGAUAGCCUAAUAUAAUGCACCACAUGAGAAUCUCUGGUAUUUUAACUUAUUUCUUAGGCUAUUUUGGCGCAUUUUUAUCUUUACUAGGGGUGGGGAAAUUGCUGGGACAGGGAAUGCACAGCGAGCUGCCACAUACACCUAAAAUAACAUUUUGGGAUCAGUCCUUUUAGGACUGGGUGGGAGUCCGACAAGAAGUCGGCAGGAGCGGUAUGAAAAGCAGCGGGAUUGGGCAGGAGCGGUAUGAAAAGCAGCGGGAUUGGGCGGGCGUGGUAUGAAAAGCAGCGGGAUUGGGCAGGAGCGGUAUGAAAAGCAGCGGGAUUGGACAGGAGCGGUAUGAAAAGCAGCGGGAUUGGGCGGGCGCGGUAUGAAAAGCAGCGGGAUUGGGCGGGCGCAGUAUGAAAAGCAGCGGGAUUGGGCGUGAGCCAUAUGAAAAGCAGCGGGAUGAAGAAAUCAGUCCUGCACAGACCUCUAAUUCCAUCCGUUCAUGUUUGUUAGAUGUAGCUUUGCACUUCUCCAAGCCAACAAUAUAAACUUUUUAGACAAUUAUAAGGUUAGUGGAGGGACCCCAUUUGAUCAACUGACUUAUAAACCCCAUAAGGUCAGGAAAGGGUGUUUGUAGUACAGUGAGGGAAAACAGUAUUUGAUCCCCUGCUGAUUUUGUAUGUUUGCCCACUGACAAAGAAAUGAUCAGUCUAUAAUUUUAAUGGCAGGUUUAUUUGAACAGUGAGAGAUAGAAUAACAACAAAAAAAUCCAGAAAAACACAUGUCAAAAAUGUUAUAAAUUGAUUUGCAUUUUAAUGAGGGAAAUUGACCCCCUCUCAAUCAGAAAGAUUUCUGGCUCCCAGGUGUCUUUUAUACAGGUAACGAGCUGAGAUUAGGAGCACACUCAUAAAGGGAGUGCUCCUAAUCUCAGCUUGUUACCUGUAUAAAAGACACCUGUCCACAGAAGCAAUCAAUCAAUCAGAUUCCAAACUCUCCACCAUGGCCAAGACGAAAGAGCUCUCCAAGGAUGUCAGGGACAAGAUUGUAGACCUACACAAGGCUGGAAUGGGCUACAAGACCAUCGCCAAGCACCUUGGUGAGAAGGUGACAACAGUUGGUGCGAUUAUUCGCAAAUGGAAGAAAAAAAAAUGAACUGUCAAUCUCCCUCGGCCUGGGGCUCCAUGCAAGAUCUCACCUCGUGGAGUUGCAAUGAUCAUGAGAACGGUGAGGAAUCAGCCCAGAACUACACAGGAGGAUCUUGUCAAUGAUCUCAAGGCAGCUGGGACCAUAGUCUCCAAGAAAACAAUUGGUAACACACUACGCCGUGAAGGACUGAAAUCCUGCAGUGCCCGCAAGGUCCCCCUGCUCAAGAAAGCACAUAUACAGGCCCGUCUGAAGUUUGCCAAUGAACAUCUGAAUGAUUCAGAGGAGAACUGGGUGAAAGUGUUGUGGUCAGAUGAGACCAAAAUCGAGCUCUUUGGCAUCAACUCAAAUCGCCAUGUUUGAAGGAGGAGGAAUUCUGCUUCUGACCCCAAGAACACCAUCCCCACCGUCAAACAUGGAGGUGGAAACAUUAUGCUUUGGGGGUGUUUUUCUGCUAAGGGGACAGGACAACUUCACCGCAUCAAAGGGACGAUGGACGGGGCCAUGUACCGUCAAAUCUUGGGUGAGAACCUCUUUCCCUCAGCCAGGGCAUUGAAAAUGGGUCGUGGAUGGGUAUUCCAGCAUGACAAUGACCCAAAACACACGGCCAAGGCAACAAAGGAGUGGCUCAAGAAGAAGCACAUUAAGGUCCUGGAGUGGCCUAGCCAGUCUCCAGACCUUAAUCGCAUAGAAAAUCUGUGGAAGGAGCUGAAGGUUCGAGUUGCCAAACGUCAGCCUCAAAACCUUAAUGACUUGGAGAAGAUCUGCAAAGAGGAGUGGGACAGAAUCCCUCCUGAGAUGUGUGCAAACCUGGUGGCCAACUACAAGAAACGUCUGACCCCUGUUAUUGCCAACAAGGGUUUUGCCACCAAGUACUAAGUCAUGUUUUGCAGAGGUGUCAAAUGCUUAUUUCCCUUAUUAAAAUGCAAAUCAAUUUGUAACAUUUUUGACAUGCGUUUUUCUGGAUUUUGUUGUUGUUAUUCUGUCUCUCACUGUUCAAAUAAACCUAUCAUUAAAAUUAGAGACUGAUCAUUUCUUUGUCAGUGGGCAAAUGUACAAAAUCAGCAGGGGAUCAAAUACUUUUUUCCCUCACUAUACAUAGUGAGCUGGCUGGGAUUGUUGUGCUGGUCUGCAUUUGUCAGAGGUCAACGGAAACCACCACCACCCCCAUCUCUCCACACAACCUUUACUUUCUCUGUUAUUGCUUUGGGUAUCCCACCUUACCGCCAUGGUCUGCACUGCUCUGAAGGGAACACCACACACAGAGAGUGAACAUGGUACUGUGGAGUCUGGCAGCCAACUCUGUGGCCAUAGGGAGAGUCCCCAGAAAGGCUCUCUGGAAACCACACACACACACACACACACACACACACACACACACACACACACACACACACACACACACACACACACACACACAGUGUCAUGCACUGCCACAACUUGUUGUGCCUGUGUGGGGAGUGACUCAGCUGGAAUCCUACGCAGGGUUAUGACACAGCCCUGCCAGCCGGAGAUACCAGAGAUAACAUCAGAACACCCCUCCUCUCCUCCAUUACUCCUCUCCUACUCCUCCUCUCCUCCAGGCAAAACCUUCACAGCUUAAUUUCCCCCCGUUCUUUUCUGUUCUUUCGUGUGAGUGCGAUAAACGGAAGAGAAGAGAGGGGGAGGCUGAAGUACUUCCCCGCCACCCCAUGUUUGUUUUUGUUCCUUAUCUCCACUCUUUUUCUUUCCCUCCUUCUUUCGUUCUCCUGGAGAUUUGCGUAUUAAGGAGUUCUGGAUGACUUGCUGUGUAUUAUUCCUCUCAGGGACUUUGAAGGUGCGAGGCAGGCUGCACGUAAGGUCACCACUGGAUCCCCCCUAAUGACUGCAAGCUGUUGGCAGUCAAGGGGGGAGGAGGGGAGGGAAGAGGGAGGAUACGGAGUAUGACUGAGGCUGCCUGCCUCUCUGCCUGCCUGGCUGGCACCUUUACGUUUCUCCCAGAACCCCAUAGAAAUAAAUCCUUCUUGGGAAAUAGAAGCCACCAGGCAUGGCAACCCUUCCUCACCCCUCCACGUUCAUAAUGUCGCUGUUUGUUUUUGGUAUUUGAUGACUUAAGUGAACUUUUGGGAGCUCCCCCACCCCACGCCUACACCUUCCCCUCCCCUCCAUGACCCAAAUUCUUCCAUAAUAUGCUCUUGUUUUCCCUGUGUCAUUAUUGCUCUUUGUCUUUUACAGUGUCACAGAACUCUUCCUUUCCAUUGGUUUAUUCACUGACACAGGGCGCUUUGCUCCUCUCCCAAACAUGCACUUUACAGCCCGUGUUUUUUUCUAGACAUCGCUACUACUCACUGUUUCUGUGUUUACAUCUAACUUUAACUUCUACAAGUUCCACCAGGGAGAAACUUCAAACAUACAUACCUUUUGAAGUUUAAAGAAAAUGUUGGUACACCAAUUUAAAGAGAAAUAAUUCAGCUAAAUAAAUAUGUCAGGCCAGGUCGGGUUUAUUUUUUGUCGCUCUGCUACAUUUCUACACAAACACCCAUUUAGACUGGCACGCACACCUUUACAAAAAGGUCAUGACUGAGAUAGUCAAAUCAGCAAUACAACAACUUGUUUUUCAAGUCUUUUUUGCUUUUCCUACACUUUCUGUUGUUUCCCAUAGAAAUGGCCUUCUCAGAUCAUAAAGUCAGGAAUUCAACCAAUUAGCACAGUGUUCUGAUUCUGGGAUGCUGCAUCCCUUCUAUAAUCCUAUCAAUGUUGUUCAGUUUAUAUCAAACAGUAAUGAUUUAAUCGAUGACCUUGGAUGUGAGGAGAGUAGGAGAUAUAUCCUGUUUGUUGUCUUGGGGAUUUUCUUUUCACACUCAAUGACGCACCUGGAUUGAAAAUUAGUAUUUAUCCAUUGUUUAUUGGUAUGGCUACUACUCAUCUGAGAAUCAGAUCAUGAUAAUUUUUGCUGCGUCAAAGUGAGCUGUUGGUGGACAUUUACCCAGCCGGAUAGUGCGCAAAGGAUUAAAUUCAGGCAAUAAAAAGGCCAGCCCUCCAUGGCCAUUCCUCUGUGACCCACCUUGUUCAGGGCUAGGCUGCAUAUACACAAGGUUCCACUAGUGCCUCUUACACUGUAUCCCUUGAAACCUUGUAAAGGAUCAUCCUGGGAAAUAACAUGAUUGCAUAGACCAGAACAUCCUGGGCUUUGACUGAACCAUCUUGUGCUCUCAAGUCCUUGGGCAUCCAGCCCCAUCGUGCCCCAUUCAGUUCCACCGCGGUCACAGCGUAUAUUGGCUAACUGCAUGUAGAGAGUGUGCUGCAUCAACAGCUCUUAUUUAAAUGAGUUUGACUUCUGGUCCCCAUGCCAAGUCAAUUAAGGGGAGAGAAGCAGUGGCAGGGGCCCACGGCCCAGUAGUGGAGUAGUGCUAGAGAGUUCUGGUCGGCAAACAUUAAGUGUUGGUUUCGUACCUGCCUUUUUUAUUUUUUUAAAUAAGGCUUAAUUAUCAACGUAUGUCUGCCCUGCCACGCAAUGUUUACGGCAAUAAAACCCCAUCCCUAAACGAGCAGCUCAGGCCUUCCAAAUAGUUUCCUUUAAUCCUGGUCUUUAAGUGGGAGGAGAGGAGGCAUGGUACAGACCGGGAAUGGGGGAGAGUAGGCACCGUGUCAGUGUAGGUUAGGGAGGAUGGAGGGAUGGAUGGGGUUUCUCCACAACCGAGCAAAGGUAGUAACUCUCCAGGGGAAACACACUCCCCGCAGGUAUAGGAGCCUCGACUGUUUGCUCACGUCGAGUGCCGGGCGCUAGCAAAGUCAAAACCUGCCCUCCUGGAACAUUCUUUCUCUUUCUUUCUCUCUCCCUCUUUCUCUCUUUCAUGCACUCUCUUUCCUGUUCUCUCUUUAUCUCUCCCUCUCUGUCUUUCAUGCUCUCUCUCCCACUCUCUCCCUCUUCCAUGCAUACUUUCUCCCCUCCCCUUUCUCCCUCUCUCUCUCCCUCUAUCCUGUAUUUGUUGUUAUACCAACAUGUAUCUGGUGUGUAGUAGAGCGUGAUCACCAGUGGUUCUCAUUGGAAUAACACAAUUAGUUCUGGUUUGUUUUAUCUGCUUGACUGUGUUCAUAUGAGCCGAUGUUAUGUGAAUAUUAAUGAUAUACCACACAGAGAAGGGAUCUUUUCCAUAUUAUUACACUGAAUGUGUUUAAAUACCAAAAACAAAGCUUGAUUUCAGAUGUGGGAUUCCCUUUUUCCAUGAUCUCUAGAUGAGCCACUUAGCUUCUAUCAUGAUACGUAUUAUAUUCUGUUUUUAUUUAAUUAAUGUAAUGCAUACAAUAUGUCAGUGACCUCUUCAAUCAUGGAUGCCUUGACCUGUUGGAAAAGUAAUAGGAUGUUACCCAACAGGGUCGAUUGUCUUGUUGUUUUUAAUGGUGUGAGUGUGUGUUUGUGGGCACCCUCAAGUGUGAGAGUAGUCCUCCCCAGCCCCAGCCCCAGCCGCAGACACACUUUCCUCCACUGAACACAGACUGACACGCACAUACCUGGGGCCUGGCGUGAUUGUGGCUUGUUUCUGGAGGUGGGGGUCAGGGGCUCUGACAUACCUGCUCUUUCACGGGGGCUUUCAUGUUGCUGUGGGUGUCCUCCUAGCCUGGUCCUGGGACUUCAACAGGGCUCCUGGCCCCCACUCGCCCCCUGCGGCUGCCCCGUUCCCAGCCACCCUCGGAGAACCCCGAUCAGGGCCAGAUGUGGCAGCUGGUUCAGCCACCCUGGAGGUCAAGGUCACAGGAAACCAUGUCAAAUUUACCACCCACCAUCUCUCUCGACCAGAUAGAGAGAUAAACACACAGAGUGAGAGGGAAGAGGGAGGGAGGAAAGGGUGUAGGGUUAGGAUUAUGGGAGAGAGGUAUUGGGUGGAGGGGAGAGACAGUAGAGAGAGAAGGGGGCUAGACUGACAGCGAGAGGGGGAGACAGUAGGGAGAGAAGGGGGCUAGACUGACAGCGAGAGGGGGAGACAGUAGGGAGAGAAGGGGGCUAGACUGACAGCGAGAGGGGGAGACAGUAGGGAGAGGGAGACACAGAGAGAAAGUGUGAAGCAGACAGCAGGAUCGCAAGAGAGCAAAGGGAGGAGAGGGAAAAGAAGGAGGAAUUGGAGCGGGGUGUUUUUUGCCCCAUGCCUGGCUCUAGAGAGGCACAGAGGAAACGCUGUUCAUGCGAUUGACAGCUGUUUCUGAAGUGUGUCCGGCCUGCGCUUGUAAAGUCGUCACAUGGAGAGCCCGAUUUCUCAGAAGAGCCUGGUGCUGGCCGCCCAACCCUCGCCCAUUAGGAAAUCCCUCUCACAAACAACUUGGUUUAAUACCCCAUUUCAAAGACGGACCUGCGUCAUCAGCUACUUGUGCGCUCUCCCUCUGUCAGCCCCAGGGCCCCCGAUGUCUACUCUACAAACCCCAUGCCCCCAAUGGCCCUGGAGGCCUGAGUCCCAGCCAGGGUAUUGGUGGGCUUCCCUGGAUGUAUGCUCUGUACUGUACUGUAUAUACCACCCAAGCUUACCACAGGAUUGGAGGCCGUAGGGGAAAGUCUCGACUCUUGAGGGAUCCUCUGACCAAUGAUAUUCUGAGGAAUCUUACCCAUUUACUGUACUGUAUCUCCUUCUUACCAGCCAAUUAACUAGCUAAUUGUGUUGGCCUGUGACUCAGUGAUGUUAUUACCGUAAUCAGGGUUUUGUUGUAUGUUGCCAUAACAACAAACAAUUCCACUUUCAGAUAAUAGGAGGAUGAGACACUGACUGCUGAAGUUUGAAGUCCCAUACCAGCCAACAGCCUUCCUAAUUGUGCUAGCUAUUAGGCCUAAUAAUUCUUAAUGACUCAGUUUAUUUGCUACCCCGUUGCUGUUUUAUUUGUUGCGGUGGCCAGUGUUUAUCUAGCGUCACUGCUCUGGCACUUCUGUCAAAGCCACUAAUAGGACAACGAGACGGGGGGAAGAAUGCAGAUAUACUCUGGUCUGAAUCCUCCAGGAACUCGCUGGAGCCACAUGUGUUGUUAGUUUCGAGUGACUGGGGAUGCAUUGUGUGUACCCAAACAGCUGAAGCAGGCCCUUGGAGAGGCAACACAGCAGCAGCUGGUGCCGUUGACGCACCGCCGACGUGCGCCUGUGGCGUCAAACGCUACACGGCGGCGGCCAAUGGUACGCCGGGGCUAUUUUGAAUGUGCUUGUGGGCACUCAUCACUUCUUGGAGAGUUGACACUUCACAACACUCGUAGUACUCCUCCAUAUUGCGCGAUGGGAUUGGCUGGCAGCAGUUGGCUUGUGUUGUUUGUCAAGCGGCGUUUCCUGCUAGUGGCGUCGAUGGCGAGGCAUCUGACACUAUUACCACUGUUGUUAAUAGGCUCUUUAGGAAGGUAUCAGCACUCUUACACUGCCACAGUCCUCCUGAUUGUGUUGGAACCCUGGAGAAAUGGAAUACAGACUGAAUAACAAGCUUUGUUUAUAGAGGUUUCAUUGUAUGUGUCUCUGUGUGUCCCCUCCAGGUGAUCCCGUUCCCCAUGUCCUGUGACAUACGGGAAGACUGUGCCUGCCGAGACCCCAAAGCUCCAGAGAAAAGGAAAGACGAGCACGUCCACUCCCUGGGAUGA